AGGGAAGUCGGCCGUUCCUGCGCCGCCCGUGUUGUGCCGAGCCGCGGUGCGCGCGCCUUGGCCGGCAACCUGGCGCAUGCGCCCCUUUGAGCUGGCUGGCUGAGCUCGCCCCUGUGGAGAGAGGGCGAAACAGAGGGGACAGAGUUAGAGCAGGACGAGGACGAGGAGGAGGAGUUGUUGUGCCGUGAAGGGAAGGGCGGCGCGCGGCGGCGGUUCCCUCUUGCUCUCCCCACCCCCAAUUCCCGGUGGCUGUGUCGGACGGGGCCGGGCCGAGUCAGCGAGAUGGUCAUGGCGUACUUUGUGGAGAGUUUCUGGGUGAGAAGCUGUGGGGGUUUUUUUUGGCUUCCCUUCCCUCCCCCCCCCCCCCGCUCUCCUUUCCUCAGGGGCCGGACCGUGUCACGCACAAUGGAAAAGAAGCGCGGGGAGGGAGAAGAGGCGACCCGGAGCCCGGCGGCAGCGGCGCCUCUGCCCCUUCUCCUUCCCGGCUCUUGCGCCACCUUCGGGGCAGGGUUCGGGCCUGCCGUGGCGACGGGUUGGGAUACGGGGGGCCGCUCCGGAGUGCGGCGGCCUCGGCUUUUACCUCACGGGCCGCUCCGGGGCCAGUGCCAGCGGGGGGGGGGGUCGAGCGAGCGAGCGAGCGAGGCCGGCAUGAGGGGACGACUGGCUUGUGUGGCGGGGGCUUAUCCCAGGCCAGUGCCCUUGUGUGGCUCCUGUGCUGAGGGUGCCAGCCUUCCCCGGCUCUCUCUUUCCCUGGGUGGGAAGGAAGGCCAGGGCACCUGUUGCUUUGCCCCGAGAGGAGGGUGACUGGGGUGGCGGUGGCGGCCCUCCUGUCCCCGAGGGGCGUCUCUCGAGGCGGCGGCGGCGGCGGCGGGUUGGGGCCAGGCUGCUGGGUGAGGUUGUUUACUUUUCCUCUUCUUCACUCUCGCUGACAAAACCCUAGAAACUGAGGCUUCUUCGCUCAGUGGAAGUUUACUCGGGAUCCUCCUUCCCUUGACUCUUCUACUAAAUGCCGCUGGUGAAUCUUCAGUGUCUUGUGGAAUCCGAAACUACUCCAUUGUAGUGCUGCUUUUUUUAAAGGUCUUGUUUAUGUUUGGUUUUUUUCAAAAGCAAGACGAGGUCUUUAUUUAUGAGUUAACAAGGAGAUCUUACCAAUCCAUUAUAUAUAAAACUUAUUAGCAAAGGAACCAAAGAGAUGAAGUAAUGAUAGGAAUCUCAAGUCACUGUCUGGACAUUGAUUUUUUAUGUGCUUAUUACAUGACUUUUGAGUUAAGCGGUUAGAGGUUUUUAACAGUAUGUAGUAGAAUCAACAUAAUCACCUAACUACAGAGCAAACCUGGUUUGGGUUUUUAAAAAAUAUCCUCUAUACAAGCUUUCUUUCAGAGACACUGUGUUAGUGUACCUGUGCUUUCCAGGAAUGAAACUGUAUACAAGAACAUACAGCUUGUGCUCUUUUUCUCUGCCUCUUCUGCACUUCAUGAUUCAGAAGAACAGCAAGCUAGUACAGUAGUUUCAUGUAAUGAUUUAAAUAGCGUGGAUAGGUUACUAAUAAAAUAAUUAGAUGUUGCCUUGGAAUAUCUGCUAUCUUAAAAGUGUCACAAAAUUUUUGUCCAUAUAAAGUUUCUAAGAAUGCUCAUUCAGCUUUGAUUUCCUUAAAUUGGAUUUGCUUUUCUCUGAAAGCUCAGGGUCCCAGUGAAUUGCUGCUUAGGAAUUUUGUGAAUUAGUACCCAAUUGUGGUUGCUGUCUGCCAUUUACCUUUAUGGGACUUACUUCUGAGUAGACAUGUAUGGAUUUGCAGCAGAAGUGACAGAAUCCUUACAUGCUUACUCAAGAGAAAGUCCAUCUGAAUUCAUUGUGGUGUACACUGUAGUAAGUGUGCGCAGGAUUUCAACCUUAGAUAUCUUGGGGCAUUUUGAGACAAGAAAUGUGACCAACUGUUUCAGAAUCAACUGAAAUGUUGAUUAUGGCUUUAUAAAUGUUUAUAUAUGGCUGAAUGUAUUUCAAAUGACAUCUUUUGAAGGAAGUAUCUGUUACAGAUAUUGGUAGUAUAUUUGGGGUGGCAGUUCUGCAGAUAUCUGUAUGUUCAUUAUGUCCAUGAUCUAGUCCUUUUAUGAUAUAAAAGUCAGAAUAUAUAACCUAUUGUUUCCUCAUACUUAUUGCCUGUAUUUUCUGUUCCUGUAUUUUACAGUUGGGUGGUGGUGGUGACUGGGGUUUUUUUAAGAGUGAAAUAUGUGGCAAAUGUUGAUCAUUGCUGGAGAAGAAUAUACUGCCAUUACUGAAAACCUACAUACCUUCUUGGUGUCAGGAACAGUUACUUUCUUGGUAUCAGGAACAGAUAAUGCUAAUAACUUAAUUAUUAGGUUUAACAAAUAAAGGUUUAACUGAAUUCAGGUUUAACUGGUGUCAAUUUCAAGGGAAAAACACUGGCAAAUGAAUGUUUCUAAUUUUGAUGAGACUAAAGGCCUAUUUAAAAGUAGAUCAUGAAUACUACUUUGUAACGGAACGUGUGAACUGACUCCAUAGAAAAGCAUUCUGUAUGAGGUAUUGUGGCCAUGAUGUUGAGUGAAAAUAUUUGUUUCUUAUAGAUGAAAUCUACCUUCACUAUAUUUUCCCUAGAAACAUUUCUAAAAACAGAAACUCUGCUCCAAACUCUAGGGUACACCAAGUGGUUGAGUGCUUAUUAGUUUCAAAACAAAAUGGAGCCACCCCAAAAUAAGCUAGUUUUUUCUGCUUCCUUGAGGAGUGCCCUAGGUAUACAGAAUUUUAUAAAUUUAUUAAUGAAAAGAAAAGUAAAACUGCUAACAAGAACCUGGGAAUUUACAGAACAUUGGUAAGAGUUUAGCUUACAAAGAGAUGGGUGGGGGAGGAUCUAAAUAAAUAAAUUGGUAGACUGUGAAUCUAUCAGUCAAGUCUAUGUCUGAGAACAGUUUAAGAUAUGGAAUUUCCAUUUUACUUAAUCAAUUAUAAUAUUUAGAGCUCACCUUUCCUCCAAGGAGCUCAAGUUGCAAUACAUGGUUCUCUCCCAGUCCAUUUAUCCUCACAACAACACUGUAAAGUCAGUUAGGCUUAGAGAGAGUGGCUGGCCUAAGGUGAGCUUCAUGGUUGAGUGUGGUUUUGAGCUCUGCUUUUCCAAGUCCUAGUCCAACACAGCCUUUCUCAACCUUGGGUCCGCAGUUGUUUUUGGACUACAACUCCCAGCAUCCCUGACUACUGACCCUGCUAGCUAGAAAUGAUGGGAGUUGUAGUCCAACAACAUGAGGGGACCCAAGGUUGAGAAAAGCUGAUCUAAUCACUAGAAUACAAUAUUUCCUGUCAGUUGUAAAAGAAAGCAAAAAGCAAAUGAAGGGCAGAGGAGGAGAGGGAAUUGACCUAUUCAGCACCCCACCUCCUCAGCUGAGUGCCCUCCUCCACUUCAUAGCUAAGAGAGUAUUGAGUUUGACACUGGCGACUCUCUAGUGCUAUGUAACACAACUGUAGAAGGCCAGCAGGGACAGAAACUCCUGAAAUUCACUUUGCCCCAAGGCCUGAAAAGCAUUUAAAGGCUCCUAUUCUGGGUUCUCUGAAUAUACUGCAACAUUGUGCUGCAGGUCCGUCUUGUUUUUGAAACUCAUUAGUGAUGGAACAAUGAUAGAACAUUCCUGCAUUGCAGGGAGUUGGACUAGAUGACCCUUGGGGCCCCUUCCAACUAUACAAUUCUAUUCUAUAAAAUGGUUUCAAAGUUAUAAUUAACUGUUAUCCCAGUGACUUUGCCUGAAAUGUAUAUAGGGACACGCAUACAAUGUAUAUGAUUUUCACUCACUCUGACACUUGAUUUGUCAAUGAGGGUAGAAGGUAACAGGGCUAAUAUAAAUAAUCCCAAAAUUUGCAGAACUGACUGCAACUAUUCUGUUAAUUUUCAUAAUAAAAUAUGUCAGGUCUGAUACUUUGGACUAUUAUAUGUCUUUGAGAUAUAUAUGCAUUACUCUGAAACUUCCUCCCUGGAGAAACUACACUGGCUUUCUCCUUGUCCUUUUGCUGGCAGGUAAAGACAUUCUUGUUCCAACAAGUUUUUGGGAAUUGACUGCUUUUGAUGAAAGGGCUGGUGCUGUGCUGUUUUUAUUGUAAUUAUUUGUAUGUUUUAAACAGAUUUUAUAUGUGUAUAUAGUUUUACUUCUAUUAAUGUUUAAUUGUUUUUUAAUUAUAGCUUUUAGUUUUGUUUUUAGUGAUUCUUGUUUUUACGUAGGUAACCCACUAUCAGCCCAACCAAUACAUCAUUCCUAAUACAAUAAAGGAAAUAUGCCAGACUGUGGUGUGGAUUUAAUGGGCAGCAAAUCCCAGUGCACGUAGAUUGUGUGACUUGGUUGAUUUUUGCUGUUUGCUUACAGUGUAUAGGAGCCGUGUGUAUAUAACUAGUUAAGGCAAAAUCCAAAUACCAAAUUAUAUAAUACAAUUCAUAAAUUGGAAAGGGACCUUUAAAAAAACUGCAAAGAAAGCCCUGACUUGAGCACAUCAACACUGGCACAAAAAGAAAAUAGGUUGAUAUGUUCAUUGCUAAGUCUAGCCCACUGCUCAAAAGCAUCCAUGAGAGAGAAAACCAUCCAGCCAUCGAGCAAAGAAGAGCUUGCCAAGACAGGCUAUUCUAAUGUUGAACAUCUCUUGCUGUUAGGAGGUUUCUCUGCAUGUUUAAUCAAAAUCUGCUUCCUUGCAAUUUCCACUCACUGCGUCUAGUCCUGCCUUCUGGAGUAACAGUGAACAAGUCUGCUCCAUCUUCCACAUUGCAACCCUUUAGAUAAUUGAAGGCAGUUAUAAUGUUACUUUUUGAUCUUCUCUUCUUGGUGCUGAGUACACCCCUCUCUUUCCACCAUUUCUGAUAGCUCUUGGUUUCCAGAUUCUUCACUAUUUAGGCUGCUUUCUUCUGGACAUACUGGAUAAGGGAUAAAGCUCUUUAGUCUUACUCUGCCAGCUCCAGCAGACUAGUAAAUAUUUUUGUAGGCUAGUAAGUUUUGUGGGCUUAUUUGCAAUGCAGAUAUAAUGAACAUAUACAAUGAACAUGCAAUUACUGUUCCAUUGGAAGAGGUAUUUUAAUUCAUAAUUCUUCUUGUUUUAUAGGCUGAAAGUAAUAAGGCACUGUUAAGCACUGAGACUUCUAAAAGUGGGUUCAUGAUUAUAUAGAGAGGUACUUUGCUUUUUAGUUUAAGUUCACUGCCCCAUUACAGGAUAACUUAUUUAUAACUGAUCAUUUGUGGUACUGUAAACUCACAUCUGGUUUGGUGCUUUAAGACCUUUUGACAGUUGCUGUUGUUUCCCUGUAACAGCCUAUUAGUACACUGCAUUUUUAAGUACAGGAGAAGGGGAAUAGCCAUCUUCAUAUAGGAUCAGGAGAUCAGAUAGUGGAACACUCAAAAAGCUUUCUGUGACCAAAUGGCUAGACAUUUUUCAGAUAAAAUUGCUUGUAUCCGCACUGGCUUCUGAGAGGAAUGGGGCUUGGACAUUGUUUAGUCAGGUUGUUAUGGAUCCUUUUAAGCUUGUAUUGAAUGAGUAUGUGGAUAAGUUGCUUGGAAGGCUGAGACAUAUGUGUUCUAUAGGGUCUUUCCCAUCCUGACAGUUCAGAUCAGCUAUAACUGGGUUGGUCAUGUGGACAACUCUGAAAGAUUAGUUCCCACAGUUCUUAAGGAGGCAGUGGUAUAAUAAUAAUAAUUUAUUAUUUCUCCCCCGCCCAUCUGGCUGGAUUUCCCCAGCCACUCUGGUAAAGAAGCUGUAUUUGAACCCAACAAACAGUGUACUUACCUCCCAGUUUCCAGUUUGCAAUUUUGGUGCUGGAGUGGGUGAUUUCAUCCAGGUGAUUUUAGAGGACACUUACUGCAAAUUUUAUGAAAAUAGAAUAGAGGAUGUGGCUUAGUAUGACUGUCUAUCAUGUGAAACCUUAUGGUUGUUCAGUGUUUGCAAUAUUUGAUAACAUAAGUUGGUGUUUUCAAGGCCUAUUCAGAUUCUGGGAAGUUUAUCGAUAUAUGCAUUUACUGAAGAGAAAUUAUUGACUUGUUUAGCCCUUGGAUGCUAGUAGUCAGUAUAAUAUGGCUCAUGCCAUGGAGUAUGAAACCAGCCUUCAGCUUCCAGACGUUUUGGACUAGAAUGCUUACAGUGCUUGUUGGGGCUGAUUGGAGUUGUAGUCCCAAACACCUGAAGGGCAUUGGGUUGGAGAAGGCUAAUCUAAGCAGUGAAAUAUUGCCUGUGAAUUUGUGACUUACUUCUGAAUAGAAAUGUUUAGGAUUGCACUAUUAAAUGUUCUAUUCCAACACAUUCAAAGCUUUAUGUGUAAAUUGUUUUUAAGUACUUGCAAAAAUGUAAAGACUGCGGCAUGAACUUCUUUUACAUUAUGCAGUCUGAGAUGAAAUAAGAAUUUUAGCUUCAUUUUUUACUUGACCUGCACAGGCAAUCAGGUAACAUUCAUGUGUAUUUGCAGUUUUAUUUUAUCCCCAAUGACAAAUCAGGAAAAUAUAUAGAAGUACAUUCUUUAACACUUCCUGAGAAACAUUAAUUAUAACUCUGAAACUGCCAAUCUUGCAGCUUGUAAUCGUAUUGGUAUCCACUAAUUAUUACUAAUUAUUAUCCACUAAUUAUUUGUUUUAUGAAACAAAAUUUUAAUGGGACAUUUUCUACAGAAAAAUUAAGCACUGGAAAACUUCCUGCAAUUUUCCCACUUUGCAAAACUUUCCAUGGUACAUUACUGUUGUAAAACCUGCGAUAAUCACUCCACAAUCCCAAUACCCUCUUGCUACAGAAUGCUCAAUAUAAACUGGUAGUCACUUGUAUGAGCCAAUUUUCCCUGCCUUCCAUUUCUCUGCCUUCCAUUUUCCUUUUCUCUUUUGCAAUUGAAACUCUCAGCCAUUAAACCAAUAGAUUCCCCAUUUGAGUGUUGAGAACUACUAACAGAAAAUGCAGAAAUUGAGGAAUUUAGCUCCUUCCAAGGAAAAGUGUCAGAAAAGACAGUAGUUCCUGUAGUAACCAGAGAAGAUAGGUACAAUGCUGUAGAUACAGAAGACAUGUUCUGGUGGUACAGAAAGCAGGGAAUUGGUGCCUAUCUUACAGGGCUUCUUGUUUGAGCCACGCACUGUCUGAAGACCUAGCAUGAAUUUGAAAGUUCCAUCUUCAGGCAAUAAAAUGAGUUACUCUUGUAUUUUCUAAUUUCUGUGCCUUCUGCCCUAUAAGUUGUAAAGAGGGUUUUCAGAAACCUUUCCACUACCCUAAAUUGGUUGUAUCUGAUUUUGUGUGUUUAUAUUAUUAUUGUCAGAAAACAAAACUGAAAGUAUGUCAUCUUAUUAGCUGUAUGGAUUUCCCAAAGUUUUCUUAUCGAGAAAGGUAGUUGAACAUAACAGCCUCCAGCAAACCUACUCUCCAGCGUAAUUAUGGUGACUAGUCUUCCUUGCUCUGGAAAGUGAUUGAGGUGAUAAUGACUAGGCUCAGGGAGGCUUUUAAGUUUUGCUUCUGUUUGUGAUGAUUAGAUCAAAUUCAAAAAGGUAUAGAAAUACAGGAAACUGAGCCAAUCUUUCUGUAGGAGGAAAGGUUUACUUAUUUAUGCUAAUCUGUUGCAGUAAACAGGAAUUACAGCUUAAAAACAAAGUAGAGGGAAUGGAGGGUGAAGCUUGAUUCUCUCAUUAGGUUAGUAACCUUUUUGCAAUCACUGGCCAUGUCACAGUCAAGCCCCCUCCCAGGCGAGGAAACAAGCAGGAAAACGCCUGUGGAAUGCAUUCAAACACUUGUGAGGGUUCAUCAUCUAGUCUACCUAGUAGCAGUGAAGGCAGCAAAGAAGGCAUACUUAGCUGCCUCCAUUGCAUUCUCUUCUUGCCAUCCAGCAGAGCCUUUCUGGACUGUGUGGGGCCUCUUACAGUCUGGCUUGAAGGAGGUGGUAGAACCAAUGGUAGCUCGCUGUGACUUGCUUGCAAAGCAUUUUGAGAGUAAAAUCGCUUCAAUCCACUUGGAUCUUAACUCUGCUGUUACAGCAGAUGAAUCUCAAGGGUUGUCCAGAGCACUGUUUUGGAUGAGAUUCAGUUAGUAAGGCUUGGAUCAGUCACAGCGACCUUUUGCACUCUGGACCCUUUUUCCUCUUAGCUGAUAAUAACUAGCAGGGAAGGGACAGCUGACUGCGCCAGGAAGGAGAUUAAUGUGAGAGGGGGUGGUCUCCGCCUGCUUGAAGGACGCAGUGCCAAAACUACUCCUCAGGAAACCCUCCUUGGAUUCAGAAAGUAACCAUCAACUGGUUGCUAAUCUACCUUAUUGGGUAAGGUACUUGAACAGGUGGUUGUGGACCACAUCCAGGUGCUCUUGAAGGAAACAGAUUGUCUAGAUCUAUUUCAAUCAUUGUUUAGGCCCUGUUUUGGCACAGAAACUACUUUGGUUGCCCUGUAUGAUGACCUUUGUCAGGAGAGAGAUGGGAAAAACUGUCCUUGUUAAUUCUCCUUGGCCUCUCAGCGGCUUUUGAUACCAUCAACCAUGGUAUCCUCCUGGAGCGGCUGUCUUGAGGUAGGGGUGGGCAGCACCGCUUCGUGGAGGAUCCAGUCCAACAGAGAUUCAGGUUCAUGUGCUGCCUCCCUUCUCCCACACAGCUGGGAGCACAGAAGAUUUUGCUUUUUUGGUAAUUAGAGUUUGCUUUGUCAUUGUGGUUAGUUUAAAAUGGGGAACGUUUUUGAAAUGGGGCAAACAUCCUGUUGCAAAGUAGUAGGCUACAUUCCAGUAAGGGACAGGGUCAGACUCAAAAAUUCAUAUGUCACAUACAACCACACACCUUUAUCACACACAGAGAGAACACACUUUCUUCUCUGCUCUGAUUUUCUUGCUCCAGAUCUUUUUGCAGUGGAAGGUGCCGUAGUUGCACAGCAACAUCAGACAAUAUCAAAAGCCUUUUCCCUCUGGGUGCUCCCUGUUGAACACUAUGUUCUGCAUCCAGCCCAUGGGCCAGGGAUCCUUGCACCCCUGGUUUAAAACAAGCCAACUUCAAAUCAUUAUUUCUGAAAUUGCUUUGUUUAGUUUCACCAUAAUUUAAGGUUAAAUACAAAUCUAGGUUUGGACCACAUGGCAAGCUGUAGGUAAUGAAAAGUGGAAUAUUCAGAUGCUUCUUGGCUAUGCCAGAGAAGAAGAGAGAGAGUACCUGAGCCCAAGUAUUGCUGCAGCUUCUUUCUGCUUGUGCAUGUCAUGCUAAACAAUGGUUUAGCAUGACAUGUAAACCAGGUUACUCAGUUUCCACAUUCAAAUUAGUCAACUUGCAAUUCAAAUUAGUACAUACCAAAAAUAAAGAAAUGGAAAUAGGGUAGGGGACAGUGAAGAAAAUAACCAAGUAGAACCCAGAUACUCUUUUUCUUUGAUGUGCUUCCUGUUUUGGCCUAGCACUUUAAAUAGUAAAAUGUUUUCAUAAUAUUUUCAUUUCUGAUUAAAAUCAAAAGGUGGUAUUUGGCUGACUCAAACUUUGUUAAACAAAUGUUCAGUGUGUUUGAAUCAAUGCUGUUUUACUCAAAGGAAGUACCAUGGGGUUCAGUGGCUCUUACUCCCAGAUAGUUAUGCAUAACAUUGCUGUCUUGGAAUGCAUUACAUAAAUCGUUGCAUUUGCAUAUAACAGAAAGCCAAUAAUUUGAAUUUACUAAGCCAUGACUUGCCUACCAUGCAGCCUCUUUGCAGCCAUUUCUCUCCUUCCUUUAUGCAAACACCUAGCAUUUAACUCUUAUCCAUAACAUUCAAUUGCGUGCAAAUUCAGAAAUUCUGGUUAACAGCUUCAAAGCAAGCUAGGAUAUAAGGCAUUCUCUGGGUUCAUAUCCUGGCUUGUUUUGAGUAGAUUGUAAAUGAGUUUAGCCUUUUAAGAUUCCACAUGAACACUUUCAUGAAAAACUAGUAGUUCUUAGAAAAUUCAAAUAAUUUUAUUAGCCAAAUUCUGCUCGUUCCCUGUAUUUUGUGGUUCUACCAGGAAACAGCAAUGUAACUAUUUUGUAACUAAACUGAUAUAAAACAUAGGGUAGUAUUCAACUGAAUUUUACUUGGAAAAGAUCCACUGAAAUUAUUAUACAUAACUAAGUUAGGUCCAUUAAUUUCAUUGGGUCUCUUCUGAGUAAAACCUAGUUGAAUACCACAUGUAAACCUGGGGCAGUUAAAAAUAUGAAAGGAGAAGAAAAAACCUGUAGAGAAAAUUUCAUGUUGAAAGUGGUUGUGGUGGAAGAAUUAAGUAUACAUAAAACUCAAGUUACAUCAUUAUACAAUAUGUGUAUCAUGGCAGGACUGGACUUCACAGCUGGUUACUAGAUAGUAAUGCAUGGCUUCUAAACCUGGCUAUAAUUUGUAUACUUCUGUAAUUUUAAUAUUUGAUUAAGUAAGCAAAUAAUUAAAGUGCACUUAGUGUGGUUUAAAUACUAAAUAUCUUCAAUCUUGGGAAUGCUUGUAAAUAUUUUAUACCAAUGGACAGAGUAUGGCAAACAAGCCAGCCCAAUUUGAGCUCUUAAUACAGAAUGGCAAAUAUGAUCUAAUAGGCAUUUCAGAAACCUGGUGGGAUGAAACUCUUGACUGGAAUGUCGAAAUUGAGGGGUCCAACCUGCUCUAAAAUAAUAUAUCAAACCGGAAGGGAGGUGGAGUACCAUUAUAUGUAAAUAAUGUGUAUACUUGUAAAAAGAUCCGUGACUUGGAACAUGGAAGGCAGAUUGAGAGUCUAUGGGUAAAAAUAUAUGGACUUCCAAGCCAGACUGAAGACUUGGAUGAUGACUUACUAGAGCAGUUUACCAAUCAUUCAAGAAGGAGAGAGAGAAUAUUUAUGGGAGACUUCAACUUCCCUGAUAUAUGUUGGAACUCAAAAUAUACCAAGAAUAUAAGGUCCAACAAAUUCCUCACUUGCCUUGCUGACAAUUCCAUCCUGUUCAUUCAGUGGCCAGGUGUAUGCCUAUGAGAAGCCUGAAAGCAGGACUUUAGUGCAACAGCAUUCUUCUCUCCCGUGAUUCCCAGCAAUUGGUAUUCAGAGGCAUGCUGCCUUUAACAACAUAGGUACUUGCCAUUGUGGCAAGUAGCUAUUGUUAGCCACUAGGGAAUAUUCUGGGACAAGUUGUGGGUCCUAAUUUAAUCUGGUGGACAUGCUAUGUCCCCAUGAUCAAAAUGCUCAGAGUGGUCUUGAGGUGAAGAAUGAAAUUCAAAUCCAAAUGAAGCAUUGAAAAGAGAAAAUGGGUAACUUAAACUUCCCCCACAUCUGUCAUGUAUGUUCCAUGCAGAAAGGUAAAAUUUCUGGAUACCCUAAAUGGCUGUGUCCUAGAACAGUUGGUCAUGGAACUGACUAGAGGGGCAGCAACCCUGAACUUAAUCUUAAGUGGUUUCCAGGACCCAGUAUGAUGUGUAAGUUUUGGCAAGUCCGUUGGGAGCACUGGUCACAGUUCUAUUAAAUUAAACAUACAUGUAGAUCACCAAUUUUAAAGAAAGCCCAGAACAGUCACAUUUGAUUUUAAAAGAGGAUACUUCCCCAAAAUGAGGACAUUUGUAAAAAGGAAGCUAAAAGGCAAAGUCAAGUGGGCAAAAUCACUCAGAAAUGCUUGGGAGUUCUUUAAAAAUGCAAUGUUAGACGCUCAGCUGGAGUGUAUACUGCAGAUCAGGAAAGGAAGCAUGAGGGCCAAGAAAAUGCUGGCACUCUUAACAAGCAGAAUCAAAGAAAAGAAAGUAUUACUGGCAAGAAGGCAUCCGUCAAAAAAUGGAAGUCUUGUCCAGAUAAAGAGGAUAAAAUGCAACACUAACUUUGGUCAAAAAAUGUGCAAGCAUAUGGUAAAGGAUACUUAAAAAAGAAAAAAGAAUUGAAGGAACAUAUUGCCAAAAGCAAAGGGAUGCGGGUGGCACUGUGGGUAAAACCUCAGCACCUAGGACUUGCCGAUCGCAUGGUCGGCGGUUCGAAUCCCUGCGGCGGGGUGCGCUCCCGUCGUUCGGUCCCAGCGCCUGCCAACCUAGCAGUUCGAAAGCACCUCCGGGUGCAAGUAGAUAAAUAGGGACCGCUUACCAGUGGGAAGGUAAACGGCGCUCCGUGUGCUGCGCUGGCUCGCCAGAUGCAGCUUGUCACGCUAGCCACGUGACCCGGAAGUGUCUGCGGACAGCGCUGGCUCCCGGCCUAUAGAGUGAGAUGAGCGCACAACCCUAGAGUCUGGCAAGACUGGCCCGUAUGGGCAGGGGUACCUUUACCUUUACCUUUAUUGUCAAAAGCCUUAAGUCCAAGAAGUUCUUUAAAUCCAUUAAUAAUUAUUGGAAACUAUUAGGGAAGCAGUUGCACCCUUGGAUGUCAAGUGAGUUAAAGAUGUGUUAAUGGAGGAUAAGUUUGCAGAGAAGCUAAAUUCUUUGCAUCUGUAGGGCAGAUCCCAGUGCCUGAACUUUUGCAGGAAGGAAGGAACAAGAGAUGAAGUUCUUGGCCUAAUAGACAAAAUAAACACUGACAAAUUGUCAGGUCUGAAUGGCAUCCACCCACAUGUUCUGAAAGAAAUCAAAUGUGAAAUUGCUGAGCAGCUAUCAAAAACUGGUAACUUUCCCCAUGUUUCUACCCCUGAGAACUGAAAAGCAACCUAUGAAACACCAAUUUUUAAAAAGGCAUAAGAGGGGUUAUCUAGAAGGGUGUUCUCUGUGGUAGGCUCCAGACCCUGGCAUGAUCACCCCUUAAAGGUGCUGCUGUCUCUUACAUUGUUGUGUUUGAGACUCCAGUUGAAACAUUUUUAUUCACUCAAGCAUUUGCAAUUUGACAGAUAGGAUGUGUACUCUUCAUUAACAACUUAUGUACUUCUAUUUUAAUGGUUUGCUAUCAAUUUCUUGCUGUAUAUAUCUUUUUAGGUUUUCAAGGAAGUAGGAUUUAUAGAUAGGGUGAUUUACAGAGAAAUAAGUAAGUAAUCAGUACUGCCUUCUUGUAGUUUAUACUUCAAGUAUAAAAAUACUAGGGACGCGGGUGGUGCUGUGGGUUAAACCACAGAGCCUAGGACUUACUGAUCAGAAGGUCGGCAGUUCGAAUCCCCGCAACAGGGUGAGCUUCCGUUGCUCGGUCCCUGCUCCUGUCAAGCUAGCAGUUCAAAAGCAUGUCAAAGUGCAAGUAGAUAAAUAGGUACCACUCUGGUGGGAAGGUAAACGGCGUUUCCAUGUGCUGCCCUGGUUCGCCAGAAGCGACUUAGUCAUGCUGGCCACAUGACCCAGAAGCUGUACGUCGACUCCCUCGACCAAUAAAGCGAGAUGAGUGCCGAAACCCCAGAGUCAGUCAUGACUGGACCUAAUGGUCAGGGGUCCCUUUACCUUUUACCUAAAAAAAUACUGUGUUAUCAGAUUUGCUAAUGUUAAUGUAGAAACUGCAGCAGCUUAAGUUGCUGUAUUUACCAAUAGAAUAAUGGAAGGAAGCUAUUCCUUGCUUAGUUACAUAUUGUAGAAACAAGAAUGCUGUUGAAAAGUUGCUGCACUGCUAAACAGGAGUUUUAAAGUUCAAAUAUGCUGCUUGGAUAGACAAGGGUGAUGCCUUGUAUCUUUUCUGCAGAAUUUUCAUAUGGCACUAGGAUAGUUAACAAAACAAGGAGUUCCUGUAAUGUGUUUCCUGUUAUGAACUGGUUUCUUUGGAAAUGCUCUGGUCAUUUGAUAGUGCUUGCACAGCUACUUUCAUUUCCAUGUUAGCAUUAGAAGUGGUUUUACUUAGUUGAUAAAGAGAAUAGUCAAAUUUAAUACAAACAUUUAUUUGUUUUACUUUAUAGCCUUGGACUUAAAGAAUUGCUAUUGGAUUCUUGUUCAUUAACACUAACAGUUUGUACAGGGUUUUUUAUGAACUUAAGGUCAUGUACUACACAUGCUCCCCAAAGGGCAUAUGAGGAACAUUGGGCUGUACGCCUUCGCAGAAGGCAAAUAGCUCCAUGUUUGCAGCAUCCUGCCUUGCAUUGCAUUUUCUGAAUUUGUUGUGUGAUAAAGUGUUGAAUCAGGAACACAAGUAUUAUUGGGUGACAUAUCAUUUAGAACCUUAACAGAGUAAUUUGGGGAUGGCUUACAAUGGAAAGAGCAAACAAAAAUAUCAAGCUGAAUUCUUUUUCUCAGUUUUCAUUAUGAGAUUACUUUGUGGCAAUCCUAACUGAUUAAUUGUAAUCUAGAUAUAUUACAAAAGCUUUCUUAACAGGUAUUCAUUUUUAAAUGUUAAAAGCCAUAGUCAGAAACAAACUGGUUUAAUAUGAAUGAGCAGCAUGCUUUUGUACACAGCUCAAAGUUCUCGCUGUGCUCUUCCCGCACGCCUGCUUAUGCACCACCAGGAAGUAAACUGGAGUCAUAACGUCUAAACCUGGGCUUUGGUUUGUUUCUCUCCAAACUACAAGUGAUAACCAAAGUUUGUUUUGUUUACUGUUCAUGGUUGAUUUGAGGGGAAACAAACCACAAGCCUUAGUUCGGAUGUCACAACAAGCCACACACAGGCUUGUUUCCUGGUGGUGUAUCAACAGAAGGAGUGAGGAAGGAGCAGAGCAGCAAUUUUUCAGCAGCACGCAUAGGCAUGUUGCACGUUCGCAUUAUAUCAUUGUUAGUUUUUAACAAUGGUUUGAUGUGGUGGUUUAAUGCCAUCAGUCACUAUUGUCAGAAGGAACAUUUAUCUAAUUUGGAGCAGGGAAGAACAACAGCAUGGCCCCCUUUUUACUCUUGGUAUACCAUGUUGAACAAGACAGUAAUUGCAUACUUUUCAAUAUAGCUAAAAAGGAAACCGCCCUUCUUGAAGCAUUUUAGAAUGGGACACACCUCUGUUGGAAGUAAUAAGUAUGCAAAAUAUUAGAACUGGAGCAAUUAUUUUUUGCUGCUUUAUCUUUUAGUGUAAGAGAAGGGUAGUAGAAGGUGUGGAUUACACAAGAGUGAUGUAAUCCCCAUAUGAGGGUGCUGUUUGUGGUCCCUACUAUUGUUGCUUCACAUUUCUAAAUAAACCACAUUAUAUUAUUAGUCUUACUGUGAUUUAGUUCCAGAUACUUUGUUUCACAGAGUUUGCUUCUAGUGCUUGUGCAACUGGUUGUGGAGUGGUGCUAAUGAGUGAACUUCUUCUGUUGUUAAUUCUAUUAUUCAUAAUUUAAACUAAACCAUUUUUUUUUAAAUCAUAGGGAGAAAGGAACAAUGGCUUUGAUGUUCUCUAUCAUAAUAUGAAACAUGGACAUGUAUCUACAAAAGAACUAGCAGAUUUCAUAAGAGAAAGGUAUGUGCGUUUAUUAGCUACUUAUUCUGGCAUACUUACAUAAACCACUGAAGACAUCUUUCUGAAUACUAGUCAACUACUGUAUUACAGUUUAAUGGUUUUACGUCAUAGUUCUAUGCAUAUAUACUUAGACAUAAGCCCCACUGAAUUUAGUGAGGCUUAAUUUCCAGGUCUGUGUGCAUUGGACUGUGGCCCUAAUAAAUCAAGAUAGCCUGGGGAGCCUCCAGUCUGUGUGCCAUUAUUGCUUCUGCCACCCAGAGCUCCUGAACCUGAGAAUUACUCGCAUGCAAAGUCUUAAUUCUGCCAGGAUUCUUUCUCAGUGUACUGAUACUCAUACAGCCUACAUUGGUUCAGAACAGUCAUGGUCUCUUUUGAUUCAUAUUUAGCAAAGAAAUAGACCUGGCUGGUGGUAGCAUACUGAGGACAUCAGAACUCAAUCUCCUAGUCACUUGUUUCCAAAACAUGUGCUACUGGUUGCUAAACUGGUUUAUGCUUGCUGUUGGAAAUGCAAGGAGGCCCUUCAAAACAAGAAAGAAUGGGAGAUGGUUUGGUACUCUUUAUUUAGUCUGAUUGACAUCAUUCUGUAAAUCUUAAAAUGCAUUCAAAUUUGUUAAUGAAAUACAGAGCUGUAGUUUUUAUAAAGAAUUUUGUCACUGGGUUAUGACCAUUUAGAAUGGUGAAACUCCAUAUAGUGGAUAAUAGUCUCCCUUUUGUAAAGUUCUUAUAGAAAUGUUUUUAAUAUAAAGUGGAUGCUUUAAUUUGUUUAUGUUUUGAUACUUGUAUCAGAUUUAAUUUAUUAAUAUUAAAGAAAAAAGAACACUGAAAGUGUUGUCUUUCUGAGAACACUACAUAAUCAAAACUUUCUCUUCUAGAAUUAUGCAUGUCUAUUUUUUGAUCCAAAAAAUUAGGCAUUUUCACUAGGAAAUGCAAAUUCUGCAUUCUAGUCAUGAAAAUUAGUGUUCAUAUCAGUGAGUUAAUACAAAUGUUCCCUCCCUUCAACAGAGGGAGAACAUUGGAUCCCACCUAAGUUGAUUUUGCAGCAAUACAUUGUCCUUACAUAGCUUAUUUUUCACAUGCUAUUUGGGUUUACAGCAAGUGUAAUUAUAGAGUAGUGUGCAAAGUGGGAAAAUGAGCUAUUUGGAAAACAUCUGUUUGUAAUUUAAAAUAUGAAUUUGAUCCAAUCAAUUCAAAAAUUAAACAGAAUUUGGUAUAGAGCAGUAUUAUAAAAAAGGGAAACAAUGUAUUUUUGUGGUCAUAGUUAAAUGUUGUAGAGAUAUCUAUAGAAGUACGAACCAGUUUCCAGUAAGCAGACAGAGGAAUUAAAAAAGCAGAAGCUUGAAGUUUACUAAGGGACUUCAGUAUUUUAAUGGAACGUGGGGGGAAAUACUUCUAAUAAAUAAAGCUGCAAAGUUUCAAAUGGGAUUAGCUGUGCAUCGUUCAUACCCUUGAUCCUCUGUCCUAUAACUUAGUUCAAGGCAUUCGUUUCUUUAAAAUAUUCUAAUUUGUAACUCUUAAGAGUACGAAAUCUCUUUCCAUGGUUACUUAAAGACUUGCACUGUUGCAAGCCCUUUGGUCUUGUGUUAGAAUGUUUUUAUUUAUUAUUUAAAAUCAUUUAUAAACUUCUUUAGAUUAAAAAAGAAAUCCCAGGCAGAGGAUAUUAUCUGGUGUUGUGUGUUUGAUCUUUGGCUGCUAACACAAAACUUGAUGUAAACUGUAAUUUGAGUCACCAGCUUUGCUCUCAUUAGUACAGUCAAAGAUAUAUUACAGCCAUAUCACUUUACCCCUCAUGUGGAAGAGAUGUGGUGGCACUGUGGUCUAAAAACCACUGAGCCUCUUGGGCUUGCUGAUCACGAGGUUGGCAGUUUGAAUCUGCGCAAUGGGGUGAGCUCCAAUUGCUCUGUCCCGGCUUCCAACCUAGCAGUUCAAAAGCAUACCAGCACAAGUAGAUAAAUAGGUACCACUGCAGCAGGAAGGUAAAUGGCGUUUCUGUGUGCUCUGCCUUCCAUUACAGUGCCCUGUUGCAUCUGAAGCGGUUUAGUCAUGCUGGCCACAUGACCUGGAAAAGCUGUCUGCAGACAUACGCCGGUUCCCUCAGCCUGAAAGUGGAGAUGAGCGCCCCAUAGUCAAAUUCAGCUGGACUUAACUGUCCAGCGGUCCUUCAACUUUACCCCUCAUACAAGACACUUUCUGCUGUGUUCUGAAAUUGUCCAAAAAAACCCCUUUUUAUUGCCACUGUAGGACACUUUUUAGACCUUCAAAUACAUUAAGUAGAAUCUAGUGCAGGAGUCAGCAACCUUUUUCAGCCGUGGGCCAGUCCACCAUCCCUCAGACCUUGUGGGGGGCAAGACUAUAUGGGGGGGGGGAUAUGAACAAAUUCCUAUGCUCCACAAAUGACCCAGAGAUGCAUUUUAAAUAAAAGCACACAUUCUACUCAUGUAAAAACACCAGGCAGGCCCCACAAAUAACCCAGAGAUUCAUUUUAAAUAAAAGGACACAUUCCACUCAUGUAAAAACACACUGAUUCCCAGACUGUCUGUGGGCCAGAUUGAGAAGGCUAUUGGGCGGCAUCCGACCCACGGUCCUUAGGUUGCCUACCCCUGUUAUAGUGCUUUAAAAGUAAUCUUUCAAACAAACUUCUCCAAUAUUUGGAAUAAAGUUGCAUUGAAACAUCAGUGUAACUGCCUUGACCUAGGGAUCUAACAUUAGAGGAAUUAAUCAUGCAACAAAUCCAAAUUAGUUACCUUCUCAAGGAAUGUAUCUGCUAGGUAUAGCUGGGAUUAGAUUGUAUAGAGAGGCAAUUUUGUGCAGCAGUCAAUAUCAAUUUGCAAAGGAGUUUACAAAGGCUUAAUAAAAAAGCACAUAAUAUUGUUAGACACCACCCAUAUCUUCAUGAGUAGUGUGAAAUUUCAGAGGUUGCAGGCACACUUUACCCAAGGUCUGUGUUUCCUUUUGGACAAUGCGGCACAGUGGAGGCUAUGGUGUCUUGAUGAUAUACUGUUUAUUUACACAUACAGUAGUACUUCGGUUUAAGAACAGGCCUGUUUACGAACGAUUAGGUUUACAAACUCUGCAAAACCGGAAAUAGUGUCCCAGUUUGCAAACUUUACCUCAGUCUAAGAACAGAAGCUGAACGGUGGAAGGGGACCAGUAGCAGGAGGCCUCAUUAGGGAAAGCAUGCCUCGAUUUAAGAAUGGUUUCGGUUUAAGAACGGACUUUCGGAAUGAAUUAAGUUCGUAAACCAAGGUACCACUGUAUAUACAACCUGAGCUUAGAUCAGGCCAUCCAACUUUUCAUACCAAGUGGGCCUCAAGAAAACUGUGACAUAGAACCCAUGGGCUGCACACCACCUUGUCACACACACAUGGGGGAGGUUGACGACCCCCCAGCCCUCAUUCUGCCUUCCUAAAGCUGGCUAAGGAAGGCACCAGGCUUUGCGAAGGAGAUUUAAGGUUCUGGCAGGGACCUAAUGCCCUCCCACCUCCUUCCCAAAGCUGGGAAACCCCUAACUACGCUUUGGAAAGGGGGUAGGAGGACUCUAGCACCCUAUCAGAGCCCUCACACUUUCUUCCCAAAGCUCAGCACCUCACCUACCUGGCUUUGGGAAGGCAGCAUGAGGACUGUGAAGGGUAGGGGCAUCCAAUGCUGCUGAUGGCCACGUGUUGGACCACCCUGGUCAAUACAGAGGGGUUCAAACCAUUAUACUCAAAAGGGGUCUUUUGCUUCUCCCAUCAGCACAGCAGCAUUUAGGUCCAAAACACAGAAACCAGCCAUAUUCUUUCUCUUGUCUGUCUGUCUGUCUCUGUCUCUCUCUCUGUUACAAUCAGCCUACAUGCUGUCCCUGGAUCCCCUUCUUCUUCCUUGUUGCCUCUAACAGACUGAAAAGGAUUUCCCUGAGUUUCCAAACUGAAAACCUAAACCCCUUUUAUCUCUGCCCACUAACACACACUGGAGGAGGGGCUCCAUCCCCCUUGAUAGCAGGCAUUGAAAAUGUCCUGAUGGCUCAGCUUUUGAUGAGUCACCACCCGUCUUUGUCCCCCUAAUGAUCCACACUCAGCUAUUCUUCUACCUACUGGUUUAUGUGACUCUUAGGGGAAAAAAGCACACCUUAGCAGAUUGAGUUAAAACACAUGAUUUUAGGCUAGCUUUAGACUAACUAAGGUAGUGGUUUGUUAACAAACAGUGCAUUUGUUCAUGUCCUCUAAGAUUUGUACAUAUUUUUGUUUUGGACUGCUGAUUGUCUUCUUCCGUUGAUAGAGCUACAAUAGAAGAGGCAUAUUCAAGAUCAAUGACAAAGCUAGCCAAAUCAGCAAGCAAUUAUUCACAGCUUGGGUAAGUUAUGAUGAUUAAAAACAAACUAAUUUUGUGCAGGUUCUUGGAGGCUGUUAGAGGAGCUUUUCUGCCUUUCUCUGUAUAAUAUAAUACUAAUACUUAAUUAUAUUACAGAAUUAUCUGAAAUGUUUGUGGAUGUAUACAACACUUAAAACUGAGCUCUGUAUGUGUGUAUAUGGCUUUGGGAGCUUACUCCUUUUUUCUUUCUUUUGUGUGUGUUUUCUGAAUAAAAACAAAAACCUGUGCAUUUAAAGAAAAUGCGAAAUGUUUGUGUAUUUUGCAUGAAUUUGCUGAAGCAUGAUAUACCCUAUGUAUGGUAGAACUUGGGUAGUUACGUGUUGAAUAUGGGAAUGAAAAGAAUCUGUCCUACCUUACAAGGCAAUAGCAAUUAUUAUAAGAUAAAGUAUGUAAAGUGGCUGCUAACUAUUAGCCAGGUAGCUGCCACAUUCAUUCAGUAGAAGGAAAUAUGUGAAUGCAAACCUACUUCCUUUACUGAAUUGAAUUUGGGCAGCCCUUAGUAGCUUACAAGUUUAACCCAUAUGUGACUCUCUCUUUAGUGGAAAUUUGACAUUUAACUUCCUAGAGGAGUAAUAUUUUAAUAAGUGCUCCAUUUGAAUGUUAAAAAACCUAAAACAUUGAUGAGUUCUUCAUCUAAACAUUUGUAAAAACAAUUGAAAGUUAUUCACAGAGUGCCUCCCUGUAAUGUCCCUGCCAUUCCAUUCUGCUAUGCCCAAGGCCCCAACUGCCUAACUAGAGCAGGAGUGCCCAAAGCCCUGGUGGAGCAUCAUAUUUUGCCAAGAAUGAGAUUUAGGACUACCAGGCCUAAAAUUAUCUGCAGGAAUAUGACACAAUUGGAACCGAGGCACUGCUUGCCUCAGCUGUGCUUGUAAGCCUUUGACCAGGAAUGAAAACUUAAAACAUCCUGUUCAGUCAGAGCUCCCACAUCUAGAGUAAAUUUCUGAAUUGGAGAGCAUUCCUAACCCUGUUCUUGUUAUAGUAAGUGAAUUGUUUACUCCUACUAAUUACCUUUUUUUGCUUCUAAACCAAGUAAUUUUAAGUGAGUCCUGAAUAUGCAUUGAGCAGUAAUAAGAAGCUGUGAUGACAUUUGUCAAACCUUGAAAUGUAGGACUUAGAAAUUCUUAUUGGGUCAUAGGGAAUAUAUUUUUGUUGGGUCAACAAGAAAACAGAAUAAAAGUAAACAAAAGUAAGACUCAAUCAAAUAUCCUUAGGAGUUGCAAUUAAAGAAAACCGUAGUUAUUUAUCAUUUAUUUUUUGCUUUCAAGCUAUUUCAGCACUAAAACACCCAUUUUCUCUCUCUUAUUUGUAGGACAUUUGCACCAGUCUGGGAUGUUUUUAAAUCAUCAUCCGAAAAAUUAGCAAGCUGUCACUUAGAACUUGUUCGGAAGUUGCAAGAACUAAUAAAAGAAGUGCAGAAGUAUGGAGAUGAACAACUAAAAGCUCAUAAAAAGGUUGUGUAUAGUCAUUUUAAUGCAUUUUAAUAACUUCAGAUGAAAAUAUUAAAUUGGUAGUGUUUAACACACAUGUCAUAUUUAACAGACUAAAGAAGAAGUUUCAGGAACUUUGGAAGCAAUGCAAAAUAUUCAGAAUAUUACUCAGGCCCUUCAAAAAGCAAAAGAAAACUACAAUUCAAAGUGUGUGGAACAGGAACGUUUGAAAAAGGAAGGUGCAACACAGAGAGAAAUAGACAAGGUAAUGUUUCAAAGAUUUAGCUGCCUGUCUUUAUAGUUUAAUAGUCUAACUGCACAGAUAGAAAACAUCCAUACGACAUUGCUGCUUUUAGUGUUUUUCAGCAUAAAAAAUAAGGAUAAUCAAAGGAUGUCUUUUGCGUAAAACAAACAAUAGUAUGUUAUAUAAUAGUAUAAAGUAAGGUUCUGUUUGCUUAUUGAAUUAGCUUAUGUCUGCACAGGUGCAACAUUUUGAGAUUCACUGAGGCUGUAAUCCUAACCACCUGAUGUAGAUGAUGAGGGUGGGCCAGGAUGCAGCAUAAGCUCCUCUCUGCCAGCAGAGAGUAGUGUCACUGAGUUAACGUUGCUGUGACAAAUGCCUGAACACUGCCUGAGUGGGCAAAGUCUCCCACCAGUGGUAGCCAAAAGCAAGCCCUGGGGAAACAGCGUGUUCUGGUGGGAUCCACUGGGAUCCAUACCACUGUAGAUCCCUGAGGAGCUUGAUCCUUUGGCUGCUUAACUUGCCAGCCCUGCAACUGGCCCAGCAAAAAUACAAAAAGCUGCAUCUUCCACCCUGACUGGCAGGAGCAGGCAACAUUUUGGAGCAGUGGAACCACCACAGCAUCUAGUCUUUGACCCCUGUUAGGAUUGCCCUGCUCAGUUUUGUUCACUUGUUCAGUUAUGUGUAGCCCCUGCUGAAUUUACUGUGAGGAAAACACAUUUUCCCCAACGCACCUUCUAUUAGGCUAUGUAAUAUGUCUCAGACUGCUAAAAAAAAGUUACCAUCCAUUUUAAUGUCUAAAUGGAUGUCUUAACAUGGUCAGCAUGCAGUUGACUCUGAUGCCACAAGCAAGCAUGAUUACUUUCAGCUUGAAAAGUGUAGCGGCAUUUGAAUACGUAAUGUAUUUGAUUCCUCUGAACAAUUCAGUUUUCCACCGUUGAAGUGCAAAGGAGAGAAUGAUUAUGGUAAAUUCAACUUUGGGUCUAGUUGGAAUUUUUCUUUAAAACAGGCAUAGUGCUACAUGGAGACUGUGCAGUGUAACUGAGCCAAUAAACUUGAUUUUAAUGGAAAAUCUAAUAUAUGUAGUGAGAUUCAGGAAAGAUUAACACCAUAGUGUUCACUGCUUGUUUAUAUAUCAUUAAAAAAUGCUUUGAAAGGAUUAGUAGAGAAAAUAUAUUAAAAUAGAAUCAUAGGAUCAUAGAAUUGUGGAACUGGAAACGGAUCCCAAGGGUCAUCUAGUCCAACCCCCUGCAAUGCAAGAAUGUCAACUAGAUCACACAUGACGGAUGGCUAUCCAACCUCUGCUUAAAAACAUCCAAGGAAGGAGAGUCCACCACCUCUCAUGGGAGUCUGUUCCAUUGUUGAACAGCUCUUACUGUCAUCUUCCUGCCAUCUUGUUCUAUGUUUCCCCUUUGAGUUUCAAUAAACUCAAAGUUAUUUUAAAAUGUGUUAGAGAUUACUAACAACUGUGUUUUAACAUUGCAAGGUGAUAUAGCAACUUAAUUUCAUGUGGUAUGUUGUUUGCAUGAGCCCUCAUGUGGUAAGAACUGGAAAUUACUGUGAGGGAGCAAAACAUGAAAUUGUAAGUCAGCUAAAUUGAUUGUAAAAAGUAUGCCUUGUUAUUUCUUCCUUCCCUACAAUCAUUAUUAUUUUAUUAUUUUAUUUUAGGCAGCAGUAAAAUCCAAGAAGGCUACUGAUACAUAUAAACUCUAUGUUGAAAAAUAUGCUGCAGCAAAAUCUGAUUUUGAACAAAAAAUGACCGAAACUGCACAGGUAAACCUUCUUUUCAGUAUCUGCAAGGCAAACACUAUAAUUUGCACAGUCUCUGCUCUUCUCACUUACAAUUUUCCAAGGAGUCUGGAAAAAGAGAAUACAGUCAGCAAAUUAAAUAAAAGUGUUCCUAAUCUGCACAGUCGGCUUUAAAUUCUGGGUUCAGAAUUUGAACUUUUGUGUCAGGAAAUACUUUUGGAUAAGUUUUAAGUGCAUGGGAUAGAGAAACAACAUUAUACUCCCCCUGCUAAUUUCUUCUUACAUAAUGAUUUGCUUCUUUCACCUGGAUCAAAUUUAUUGUGGAAUUUGUUGUGCUAUUUGAAUAUUGCCAUUUUAGUUUUGAUAUUAAACACUUAACUUUUGGUCCUAAAACUGUUGUUAAUAAAUAGAGAAAUAACAUAAACAUGAAAAAUAUGUGAAGUAUGCCUGCCAUUUAAGGCAAGCUGAGAGCUUCCUUGGCAAGGAAUGUCGUAUUUGCAAAGCAAACAAACCGUACUGUGUUUGAGUUUGUGUAUUUUAAGUUAGUUCUUUGUGUUGCACUAGAACAGAAGCUUCACAUUGCAUACUUGUUGGAAGAUUCUUAAUGCACAUCUCUUUAUUUUGAUUAGAUUUGGCAUAUCAAUUUUUAAAAGUACGUUGGCAUUUAUAGGAUUGAACUGAAUAUCAAUAUAAUUGGGUCCAUUGGAGUUGUUGGUGACUGCAACAGAAGGGCAGAGUAAAAAAGUAAAACAAACAAAUAAAAAAGCGAGCUAAUUAUGGGAGCUCAGUGGACAGUUCAGUAUAUCAGUAUUUUAAAUCCAGUUUUGACUUAAGCUGUUUUAACUCGAAAUAAGCCCUAAAAACAACACUUAUUUGUUCUGCAGAAAUUUCAAGACAUUGAAGAAAUGCAUCUGUUCCAUAUGAAAGAGAUUAUAGAAUGUUUUUCAAAUACAGUCAAAGAAGUUCACUUACAAAUUGGCGAGGUGAGUUUUUUAUAGUAGCUCUUAUUAUUCAGGCUAUAAAUUAAGAUGUAUUUCAUCUUCACUGAAGUUCGUAGGUAUCCAAAUUUAGCAGGAGUUGUAUUUAAUUUGCUGCUGUAGGUGUGGAGGAAGAUAUGGAUAUGUGAUAAACUUUCAAUCAAGUUUUAUAGAUUGUUCCUCCAGUACCUGUAUCUAGAUGUAAAAAUAAUUUUGGUAAUUAUGUAUUUCUAGGAUAAGAAGAAAUAAAAAGCAUAUUUGGACCCAUAGAGCUUAAGUCUGUGGGAACACCCCACCAUCAGACACUCGCUUUUCAUACUUACGGUUGUAAAGAGAGAAAAGACAUCUUUACAAAACUCUAGUUGUGAGGAGCUUCACUUGAGAUGAUGGAGGUUAACCUCAAUGCAGCAGUGGUCUUUGUCUUGAGACCUCUGGUAGUGGGAAGCACUGGACACUACAAUCUGCUAUAGUUCACAUGUUUCCCAGUAUCUUUAGAUGCCUCAGAACUGGGUAUCUUCUGCUGCUUUGAUGCUCCUUAAAACAUUCACCCUUCCUCAGUGCAAGGGUCAGAUUGGGAAAAGGGUGGGCUGGUAGUGGGGAGGGCUUGCGGAGUGGCACUGAGUCAAAACAGUUUCUAAAUGGGUCCAAAUUUUAGUGUGGUUUGAGUAUAACUUAUAAUUGGCCCAGACAGGGAACUCAUAUAUUCACAACUCUGAACACCCUGAUCCAGAGAUCUGGUGGUAGCAUGAGAAAACAAAUGUAUGUGACUUAGGUUGUUGAUCUUUGUCGCAUGGGACAGGGACACUUCAGUCAAUGUAGUGCCCUCCAGAUGUUGUUGGAGGACAACUCCUGUCUUUCUUCAGCAUUGGUGAUGUUGAUUGGCACUGAUGGGAGUUACAGUUCAACAACAUCUGAAGGGCACCACAUUGGCAAGCUCCAUUCUGGUGUAUCUGGCAUGGGGCAUAAUUAUUUUGCUGUUACCAAACAAAUUUACUUGGAAGUUGGUCCCCUUUUAUUUACUAUAAAAAGGAUGCCCCUGAAUCUAAAUGAAGAAAACUCUUCGCUAGGCACAAAGUGGAAAAUAUAUCUUUAUUGACAUUUAGCAUAAAUGAAUCUUGUCUCAUAGCUCAUUUCCAGGAGUAAAACUUUGACUGCUGAAUUUCCAUACUGAAUGCUUUUGUCGUCAUCUGGACUGUUUGAAUUCUAAAACUUUAAUUUUUUUCUUCAUGUAAUUAAAGAGAUCAGUUUGCCCAACUAGGAUCUAAAAACAACCUACCAUAACAGUUUAUAUCUAUUGUACCUUGUGUUCUAGUAUUUUUAUAUUUGUGCAGUAUUCAUUAUACUAUUAGAAUGUUGAUAUGGCAUUUUUGCAUAUGGUUAAAAAAUAACACUAAGCAAAACUUAUUUUUUAUUCCCCAAAUCGUUAGUUUGAGCUAAAAAUACAGAUAUUUGAGAUCAAAGGGAUGGUGUUUAUGAUUUUGAAAUUGUUUCUUUACACUUUUUUUGUUUUGGCCAAAUUCUUAUUAGGAUUUAACUUAGAUUGAGACAUGGGUAUGGUUUAAUUUAUAUCACUGCAUGUUUAUAUCAAUUGUAAACAGCUAUAUCAUGCUUAUACUAAAAAUGAAAGUGACCUUGAGGGAGACAGAAUGUAUUUCUAUCAUUCAGAUUUUCUGAGUAAUCCUAAUAUGUUUGGUAAUGAAAGAGACCCUCAGUAUGCCAUUUGCAGACAGGUCUGGACCCAAACAACUUUUUUAAAGAAACUAAGUUGUUCAUAUAAGACACACAUUUCAGGAUCUUAGAGGGGCGUAAUAGUCCUAGCUUAUUAUAUUAACAAUACAGUGUCUAAAAUCCAAAGACUGGCCAAGACAUAGUCAAAAAUAUUGUGCUAGCUCUGUGAUAAUAUUUACUUCAAACAGCUGACACCCCCCCCCAAUCAUAUUACAAAUUGCUUUUGAAACUAAAAGCAGUUUGCCAGUCACCAUAGGGAAUGUUUGAGGAAAACAACCCUAAGGCUUACAGAACUAGUUUUAUGGUUUUUUGAGUCCCAGCCUGACACUUUUUACUUAUAAGAGCAAGAUGGGAAGUGUAAUAAUUGAACAAUCCGUUUGUGUGCAAAUUGCUGAAGCCCACAAAGUUAUAUUUACUAGUGUUCUUUUUCUCAAAGGUACAUGAAGAAUUUAUAAAUAACAUGGCAAACACAACAGUUGAAAGUUUGAUACAAAAAUUUGCUGAGUCGAAAGGCACAGGCAAAGAGCGACCUGGUAAGAGAUACAAAAUAAUUGAUUUGGUAUUUUUUUAAAUAAAAGAUUGCUUGAUAUUAUCUUCCAGUGUUCAAUGCGCAUGUGCGCGCACACACCCCUCCAUCUAUGCUCCUCUUGAAUAAUUGAUACUAUGCAUAUAUAACUGUAAUUUACUGGCAGUAAUGAAUGCAGAUAUUUAGUUCACUAUCAUGAUUCUUUUUUCUCUGGAUAAUGCCAGUUCAAAGGAAAAAAAUGCUGUGGGGGGGACAACUGUGAAAAGGUGAAUUCCAUGCUGGGUAUCAUUAGGAAAGGAAUUGAAAAUAAAACAGCCAACAUGAUAAUGCCAUAGAAAUCUAGGGUGCAAAUAUACUUUGAUUACAGUGUAUAGUUCUGGUCACCGCACUUCAAAAUGGAUAUUGUGGAGCUGGAAAAGGUUAACCAAAAUUAUCAAGGGGAUAGAGCAACUCCGCUAUAAAGCAAGGUUAUAGUUUUGGGUGCUUUUUGGUUUAGAGAUAAAGUGAGUAAGAGGAGACAUCAUAAAGGUAUAUAUGGUGUAGGGAAAGUGUUCAGGGAUUUCCCCCCCUCCCUCAUAAACCUAGAACUUGUGGACAUCCAGUAACUGAAUGUUAGAACAUUCAGGACUGACAAAAGAAAGUAUUUCUUCAGUUGGUGCAUAGUUAAACUCUGGCACCUGCUCCCACAAUAAGUAAUAAUGGUCAUCUACUUGGAUGGCUUUAAGGAUGCCUAAGAGGAUUAGACAAAUUCAUCCAGGAUGAGGUUAUCAAUUGCUACAAGUCAUUGCUACAGUCGCUGACAAUGGAAGAAGGGAAGAAUUCUGUUUGGCUCAAGUCCUGCUUGCAGACUUCCUGUGGGCAUCUGGUUGGCCAUUGGCCUCAUUCAGCAGGCUCUUCUUACAUUCUUACAAUAUAAAAAUAGUUUUGAAAUCUUUUAUUUCCAGUCAAACAAAGGUUAAAUUCCUUCCAUGUGACAUUCAAACAGAUUAAAUUAUUGAUUCUCCAAUCAUAUUCUUUCCUGUCUUCAGCUGUAUUUUUUUAUUGCCUAAUUGUGUUAUGCUUAAAAUAGGCCAUAAAAAUUAAUAGCUGUGUUCUGCAAACAGCUGCCAAGUUUACCAUAAUUGUUCUGCACUUGUUGCACAAUAUUUUUAAACCUUGUCACAUUUGUUUCUAGGCUAGCAUUCUGAUGUUCUGCAGAUCGGUUACAUGUUUCCAAGGCAUUAAUUUCCAUGACUAAUGUGCAUAUAUUACUUAGCAUCAUCUUAUUUGAUGUAGUAUUGGAAAAUCCCAGUAGAGACAAGACUUCAAGGGCUGCAGUUUUGUGCCCAUGUAGCUUGGGAGUGAGGCUUACUUCUGAAUAAACAUGUAUAGGAUUGUAAAUCAGCUUCCAGCUGUCCUCAUUCUAAAAACAGAAACCUUUUUUAAAAUUAUUUUUUCCGGGAUCAUUAAAUGCGCAUAAAAUCCAAAGGAGGAAAUGUUGUAGAAAUGGCUGAUUUCAACUACCCUGAUGUAGACUGACUACAUAUAUGUUCCAAAGAGGUAAAAUUCUAGAUACCCCAAAUUACUGUAUCUUAAAAUGGUUGGUCAUGGAACUGACCAGAGGGGCAGUGACCUUUGACUUAAUCUUUAGCAGUAUCCAUGACCUGACAUCAGAUAUGUGUUGUUAAGUCAGUUGGGAGCAGUGACCACAGUGCUAUUAAAUAUACAUGUAAAUGACUGAUUGCUAAGAAAAUUCAACAUGGUCACGUUUGAUUUCAAAACAAGAAACUUGUCCAAAAUGAAGGGAUUUGUAAAAAGGAAUUUGAAAGGCAAAGUCAAAAAGGUAAAUUCAUUCAGAUGCUUGAGAGUUGUUUAAAAGCACCAUGUUAGAAGUCCAACUGGAGUGUAUGCUGCAGAUCAGGAAAGUUAGGAGGGCCAAGAGAAUGUUAGCUAACCCUCAUUUUAAUUGAACAUCAUUGUAUUCAAAGCAGAGCACAAUACCUGUAGACACCAUACAUAAGUGCAUGCACACAGCAAAGUUGAUGUUGAAUUACAAUAAAAUGCAAAAAAAGUUCAGCUUUGACAACUUAAUCAGAGCUUAAAUGAAUGCAAAACAAAUACAUUGCAAUUGAUUUUUACAACCCCUGUAGAAAUUCCAACCAGGAAUUUACAGACCACAUUGGCACCUGUACCAGACUCAAUUAGUUCUCCCUUAUUUUAAGGGUAAUACUUGAAUACACUUUGCCUUCUCAGCUUCCAUAUUUUGCUUGAAUAUAGAUAUGCCCACAGUGUAUAUUAAAGGACAGAAACGGUGUAGUCUCUGGUUUUCUGUGCUUUGUAGAUGAAUUGCUUGUGCAACUUUCUGCAGUGCUGCUUCAGUUUUUAAAAACAGGUAUUGCUUUUUUAUUUUGGCAGACUGAAGUUACAAUAGGGCAUUAUUUGACUGAGCAGAUGAGUAGUGUAAAUAGGAAAAGGAGAAAAUCUCAGGUUGAUAGAGUUGGAGGAAAUCAGUUUUACUAUUUCUUUUUUAAUUCACUGGCAGUGUGCAUGAUGCAGUAGUUAAAAGUUGUGAUCUAGUAGUAUACAUAAAUGAUUUACAAAACCCAUGGCCUGCCCCAGCUAAUAUUCAAGGAGGUGAAACCUGUUGUGGUUCCUCACCUGUACACAACUCUUAAAGGUACAAGAACCCUGAACUCGUUUGCAUUUGCUCUUAUGCAUGUAUGUAAAACACAUUCUAAAGUGCUGGGAAGGUUAGACAGUUCUGGUAGUUCAACUGGUUAACACUACUAUGGAAAUUAUCAGAAGUGUGGAAGAGAUAAAAAAUGGGUAUACAAGACUACAGUCAUACCUUGGGUUACAGACGCUUCAGGUUGCAUGUGUUCAGGUUGCGCACCAUGCUGAACCCAGAAGUACCGUAUGUUCCGGCAUAUAAGAUGACUUUUUAACCCAGGAAAACCACCCCAAAAGUUGGGGGCCAUCUUAUACGCUGGGUAUAUGCGGAGCCACCUGUUGGGAAGGAGGAGAGGGAGCCGGUGAGCAGAAGUUCCCCUUCUGCCGUCGCUCCUCCUCCCUCCCCACGGAAGGGGACGCAGCCUCCUGUGACGCAGUGCGAGGCCCCGCCUCUUCCGUACCGGCACAGCGCGUGUUCGUUGGCCGCUGCUCUCUCCUCACCACGGAAAGUCCUUCCAAGUGUGGUGCUCACCCGCAUGCCUGCUGCUGCCGUCAUGGGAGCCGGAUCCGGCCUCUGUUGUGGCCGCACGGGGCUUCGCUCAGCUCACGGACGCCAUGAAGAGCCUGCUGCAGCGAGGUGGUGCGCUGCUUCGGCCAGGGCUCCAAAGAGCUGGGCAUCCCCACAGGUGAGGGCGGCGGAGGCCAAACUCUAUAAUUCAACAGCAAAAGUUGGGGGAGGGGUCAUCUUAUACGCCCAGUCGCCUAAUACGCCAGAACAUACGGUACCAGAACAGGUUACUUCUGGGUUUCGGCGCUUGUGCAGAAGCGCUAAAUUGCACUUUGCGCAUGCGCAGAAGCGCCGAAGUGCGAUCUGUGCAUGCGCAGACGCAGCACUGCAGGUUGCGAACGCUGCGGGUUGCGAACGUGCCUCCUGCACGGAUCACGUUUGCAGCCCAAGCAUCCACUGUACUAAGAUACAGCUUGGACUUCAACAGGAUAAACCCUUAGAUUGUUUGCUUGGAGGAAUAGAAAGUAGAAAACAUACACAAGAUUUGUAUAUUUUGAGUCUUAAUCUUCUGGGUAACAAUGGCAUAAUGUCGUAUACUAAAACAUCCAGUACAUUUGUGGGUUUUAAAAGACAUGCAGUACAGUUAAGGCCCAAGUUAUACAGAACCAUUAUUUUCAUUCUGCAUUGUGUGAGUGGACUUCUACUCAUUCCACUGGCCUUUAACUUCCUCUUGCCCUCCCUGCAUUUUAAAAAACGUGCUCCAGAGGGUCCUCCAGUGUUAAAGCAGAUUUUGAGGGUGUGCAAGGGACUGCAAAGAGUAAUGUGAAUUCCCAUUGUGUGUAUGGAAUUACAUUACAUAUGCAUAUGGACAACUUUGGAUACAACCCAUAAUAUUCAAAAUUAUCCUGAACCUCAUUGUUUCAUUUUCUUGUUCAUAUAUUGUUAGAAUAACAAGAUCUAAUGCAUCUUGUUUUCUUUGCUGAUCACAGACAAGACAGAGCUCCAGCACUAGUUCUUUAUUUCAUGGGGAAAUUGAUCUGGAUCCACUCUGGUUAAAGUUAGUUGUGUGAUGAAAGUCAGUAAUUGGAUUUACAUUAGUCAUGAUUGAACUGUUCUGUUGCAAUGUGAUUGGGUCAUGACUAGCUGAAUUGUAAUCUAGGUAUGAUCAUAGUGGUGUAUGGUCAAAUAAUCUGAUACAUGGUCUUCCUCUUUAACAUAGCAUCUUGGUUAAUUUUUGUUAGGACAUCAAUUAAUAAGCAUAAAACUAACCUUUCACAGCAGGUUAAAAUCCUACAAAAACAUGUCUAGGUCUGACCUGUCAUACUUUGUAGCUCACAAAAAUGUUUUGAGAGUUAUCUUUAUUGUGUUUCCUUUUUUUGUCUUUGGUUUCUUAAUUUUCAUUUUAGUACCAUGAAUUAAUGUCAUGGAUAUUGUUUGAGUGUGCUGAUUGUAUUGUGAUCACUGACUCUCUGUAACCCAGGGAAUAUAACUUGGCAUUGUGUUAAAUUAUUAAAAUUCAUUGUCACUGGACUUGUCUUGAUAGAACCUUUCAGGUGUAAAGAAUAUGAAAUGGAAUUUUGUGAAUUUGUCAUGUAUUUACCUUCAGUGACACAGGUACUACUGGCCUAUUGUUGUUCUAAAGGGGAAACCCCUAAGUAAUUGGACUGCUUUGAUUUUUUAGUAUUUCUGCAGUUAAGGCCAGUUGCCAAUCAUAGUAAAUAUUUGUAAACAAUAUGUACUGCAUUUCUUUUCACAUGCUAGAUUUUUUGAUUAACAUGUUUAGUGACUUUGUUUUGUUGUAAUGAUGUGGAAGAGAUAAAAAUGCAUCUUGUCUUUCCAAGUCUAAAUAUAGCCACAGAGUUAUCUAGAGAGUGGUUUGGUUUUUAUUUAUCAGUCAGAAAAAGCUACUGUUGGAGAAUAUUAUUGACUGACAGUUUAUAUAUCUCUCAUUUUCAAUUUGAAAAUUUGUUGGUGCUAAAUAUGAAAUGGCAUCAGAUGUUAGCAAGGAAAAGAUUGCUUGUGUGUUUGUACAUACAAAAUUGACCUUUGUGAUCCAGCUUAACAUCUAAGUACUAAGAGCAAUCAUUUGUUUUGACAGCAGAAUUAAUUGAGGCUAAAACAGUCGAAAUUCCACUUGUAUCAAGCUGUUCAUUAGGAAUUGCUCUCUGGCUUUAGUGCUGUCAGAAAAAUAACCUGUUCUGCUAUGAUUAAAUAGCAGAAUGAUGGUCGGUCCACUGCAUUUGAGAAAGAGGUUGAAUAAACUUUCUACUGCGGAAACAAUUCAGAAGUGACACGCUGCAAGGGGGGUCAGAAUGUGCAUUGAUAUCCAGCUGAGCUGUCAACUGGCACUGAGCCAGACACGCAAAGCUUUGCCAUUUUGAAGCAGCAUGUGAGGCAUAUGCAGUUUUUUUAAAAAUUGUCCUCCUUUCAUGCAUGAUUUAAUGCCAGAGGGGGAAAACCCUUUUGUUUUCAUCUAAAACCAAGCAUAUUGUCGGCAGUUAUAUUUGCAACUACAAGUAGCUUUUUAAGCUUAUGUCACUUUUAAAUAGAGGCUACUUUUUAUUAUUCAAUGUAACAUAUUUGCAAUAUGUAAAAAACAAUUUGUUGCAAUUUAAGUUGGUUAGCAUUCCUUUAUGCUCCACAAAAUAUGUUCCUAUGAUACUCUCUUUUUUCGUUGUAAUUUCCAUUGUAAAGCUACUAAAAUAUUUUGAGAAUGCAUGUGUACUGUUUAUAUCUUACAAAGCAAGAAUUUUCAACACACAUCCUUUUUUCCUCCUUUCCUAUUUAAAUAGCCAACAUACAGUAUUUUCCACUUCAUUCCUUUUCCCCCUUUUUUUAAAAGUUCCUUCAGACCCAUGAGUGUGUAGCUGCUGUCUUCAUCAAGCUUGGCUUAUCCAUUUCUGCAGAAUACACACUAGUUGACCGAUCAUGACACUUUUCUCUAACUGGUUGACAAAGCAUUUAACUGUUUUCAAAGCCAUUAGUGCCACUUCACAGAUUAAUUAGGUGGCAGGUGACACUGUGACAUGACUGGGUUUUCUUGUUUUUUGUUUUACUGUCGCAUUAAUCUCUCUUGAGAGAUGAAGUGCAUCACUGGUAACUAUUUGUCUAGCAUGCAAAAGAUCAAAAUAGAAUUGGAUGUACCGGUAAUACUAUAUUUACUACUAUUACUUCAUCAAUGUAGUUUCCAGUUCAGCUGAAUUUGUCAAAGUGGUGUCAGCUAUGUUUGUUUAUCCUUAUUAAAUAAUUGUGUUAACAGCACAAUCAUCAGACUCCUGAUACUAUAUGCCUUAUAUGGUAAUGGAAGAUGUGAUUUGCAUUUAUAUGUAUAUUUCUUAUAACAUAAUACCAUAUGUUUAAGAUCAUGUAGCUUCUUCUGGCUUCCUGCGGAUCAGUAUAACUAAAUCAGUGGCAGGAAGCCUCUUUUAGGCCGCUGUUGUGGACUGGCUGGAUUCAGAGGAGUGGGUGGGGGCACCAGUUGGGGAACCCCCAAGGAAGUAAGGCUUAGAGCAGCCUUUCUCAACCUGUGGGUCCCCAGAUGUUGUUGGACCACAACUCCCAUCACCCCUAGCUAGCAAGGCCAGAGCUCAGGGAUGAUGGGAGUUGUAGUCCAACAACAUCUGGGGACCCACUGGUUGAGAGCCGCUGGCUUAGAGCCAGGGGAUUGGUGGUGGGAUGACAGUGAGUGGUCAGAGGGAGAAGAGGGAACAGACUGCAAGGAGGAGGUGUCAGAUGCUGAAGAAGAAACAGGAUUUAGUGAGCAGGAAGAUGCCCAGCUCCAACUGUCUAUUCCAUCUGUAGCUAUGGUAGACUAAUGCUUGGAGGCAGUGAUGAAUUAAAAGAGGGUUAAUAAACUAUUAUUUAAUCCCAAUAAGAUAGAGGUACUAUGGAUCAGCAGUUAUGAAGUCUAGGAAUUGAGGAGGUGGAGUAUUUAGGAUAGGGUAGCACCCAGCCACCCUCAGUGUAGCAGGUACAUAACUUGUAUCUAUUUGAGCCAUAGCUAUCAUUAGGGGCACAGGUGACCUCUGUAGCAAAGGACUGCAUACAGUAUACAGUGGACGCUCGGGUUGUGAACGUGAUCCAUGCGGGAAGCACGUUCACAACCCGCAGCACUGCGUCUGCGCACGCGCGAAUUGUGAUUCGGCGUUCCGGUACUUCCGGGUUCAGCGUGGUGCGCAACCCGAAAUCGUGCAACCCGAAGCGUCUGUAACCCGAGGUAUGACUGUAUCCAGCUCUAGUUCAUUCAACAGCUACAACCUUUCCUGGCCCGAGAUAGCUUGCUAUCAGUAACCUAUGUUGUAGUGACCUUGCAGUUGGAUUAUUGCUAUGAGCUCUACAUGAAACUGCCCUUGAAAAUGGUCCAGAAAUUGCAAUUAAUGCAGAAUGCAGCUGCCAGGUUGUUAACUGCAAUAUCCAGAUGGGAUCACGUAACACCUAUCCUAAAAGCUCUGCACUGGCUGCCUGAAUGCUGCCAGGAUCAAUUCAGGGUGUUAGUGAUGGUUUAAAAAGCCCUAUGUGUCUUGGGGCCCAAUUAUCUGGAGGAGCGCUUCAUCUAAUACCAGCUAAUUCAUUUCUUGAGAUUGGUGCACUCUGUUUCUGUGUGUAUACUCUUUUCCCAGUCUCUGCCAGGAUUCUCAUUAAUCCUAUUCUUAGGAGAAAAUAGAUUCAUCAUGGUGAAAAAGCCUCUGUCAUGUGAAAAGUAGUGAUCAUUGUCACUGUUUUUUCACUGUGGCCAAAGCUUAGUGCAGUCUUAGGGAUGAGACUCUGCCCUUCACCAGCCUUGGGAGAAGGGUGGGGGUUCUUUCCAACCUUAGGCUAAAGGCCCCUCCAGACUGGUGGUAUUUUUGCAGAUGUCUUCUGCAACAUAUAAUUGACACAAUAACAGUGCAUCAGUGCUGUAUGAUUUUUUUAAAUUGCAUUUUUAUUGGGGGUUUUCUUCUAAUGUAUGUAUUUUAUUAUAUUACAGUCUGACCCCCCACCCCCAAAAAACCUUUAAAAUUGCCAAGAAACAGCAAUUGAAAUGAACUGUGCUAGAUGCUGCAUAUUUUUUAAUUUUAUUUCAAUUGCCUCUUUUAUUUCUCAUACAUUAUUAUUUUAUUCUAUGGACUUGUUUGGAAGCCACUGAUCAAACAAAUUGUUUGAGUAAAUAUAGCCACCCUAGUCUUGAUGCAUGAUGUUUCUCCAUAAAUUAAAACAAGAAACAGCAUUAGAAUAACAUUGAUUUUCCAUCGUUUAAAGGACUUAUUGAAUUUGAAGAGUGUAAUACAGCCAGUGCAGUUGAAGGUGAGUUUUUCUUGUAUUGUUUAUCAUUCAAAAUGUACUUCUUAUAUCAUUUCUAGUGAACAUUGGGGAAAGGGUUUAAAAAAAUAAGGCUUAAAAGUAAGAAGUGAAGUCGUUUGCUCUAAUUAAGAUGAAAUGAAGUUAAUAUAUUUCUGAUAUAACAGGAAAUGAUCAGCAGCCUUAUGUUUUGUCUCAAUUAAGAGUCAGAACUUGCUCAGUGUGAUCCCAUCACAGAUGCUAGAGAGAAGUUGGCUAACUUUCAGUAUCCUAUUAGUGAGGGAGUGGCAAAUUUCACUUACAUGGAUACAUAAACAUGUCCUCAUAUAUGAAUGUCCCUGUAUCUAAAGCAUGCCAUUUCCAAGUAUCCCAUAGAUCUUCUGUUCAAUACUUUGGUGUUGCUUCUUGGUCUCCAAACCAAUUAUUGGCACAUUAGUAGAAACUAAGCCUUGGAUGCUUUCUGUUGAUCUAAUGGCAGAGCUAAAGAUUGGGGUUGAUGUUUUGAAGUAGUUCCAUUCUUUUUUGUGAGAAAAGUCUGAAAAGAUGGCUUCACACAAUGGAAUUUGUCCUCUAGGAUGCACUGGGUUUCAUUCUUGACCUCCAUACUUUAGAAACCGCUAUAAAACAAAGGGGAGAAAACGUAUGACAUAUUGGAACAAUAUACCAAUAACAUUUAAGCUGGUUCUGAUGAAAAGGGAUAGUACAAAGUUCUGGAAGCAUUGAACAGAUACUUUGAGUGAUAAACUACUUGAGGAUGACAAGACUAAAACUCAAUCCAGGCAAGACAAGAUGUGGAUAUUGGUAGUUCUCUUAUGUGCAACAUAAAAUGAUACAUAUUUAUCAUAUAUUUAUACAUAUUAUUAUUAAUAAUAUUAAUAAUAUAUUAUUAAUAAUAUAAUUUAUACAUAUUAUGAUACAUAAUAACUUCGUGUUAUUUACUGCAAUAGUGUAUCUCAUUACCUAUUCUGUUAACUAAUAUUUAAUCUUAAUUUCCAUCUAACAACACAUUGUCUGCUUUGCAGGGAUAAAGCCUAGAAAAAGAAAGCAUUUUGUGUUACCAAUUAGUAGAAAGGGAAAAGAUGCAGAAUCUGUGUAAGUAUGUUUCAAACUUGUUAGUAAAUCGUUUAAUGUUUGGUUUUUUAAAAAAUAGAAGCAUAAAUAUUUCUAUCUUUUUAAAUUUUAUUAUUAAUGCUGUAAGAGAUAAUGCUCCAAUAAAUUCCUAUGUAGCCCCCCAAAAAAACAACUUCCCCAAUUUUUAAGUGUGUGGGGGGUCACAGUUUGGGAGUCUUUAUGGAUUCUAGGUAGCAACUGUGGCUAGGAGUGCUUUUCCCUAGGUCAGGUUAGGGCACAAGCUGCAUCAAAGUUUUGGAGGAUCAUGGUUAUUUCUUAGGGUUGGAUUACUCUCAUCCAUUACUGUAGCACCCUGAAUCAUCAUCAGCAAAACUUCUGACUAGAGCCAGGAUUUUGAGGAUGUGACUCCUUCGUUAUGGUAGUUUCACAGGCUGUGCAUCCCACCAUUUUCUGAGGUGUGAUCAAUGGCAGCUCCUGUCAAGACCUUUGCCUUUGUGUCUACUUCCCCCAGGAAAUCCUCCUGACCACUUCACUAAUUUUCCAUAGGCAGCUAAAUACAUUGUUAUUCUACCAUCCCAAUGUAUGAAUUUAUCUUCUUUUUAUGUGUACUUAUAUAUGUAUGCUUUUAUUAACGUUAGCUGCUGCUGUAGCAGCUGUUGUUAUUUUUGUUGCCUUGGGCAUUUUUUUUACCUGAAAAGUGAUAUAUAUGGAAAUGGAAAAUGGAAAGUGAUCUAUGGAAAUGGAAAAGUGAUAUAUGAAUCCUGAAAAAUUAAAUAACUGUCUAUAGCCUGAUUUUAAAGGUGUUCUAAAGCAGCUAUGUAUCUGGUGAGAUGUUAACUAGACAACCAAAAGAGAUUUUGGUAAAUAAAAGCCAUAGCUAUUAUAACAAUUCACUAUUUUUUUAAACAGGGAAUGUCCAGAUGCUGAUUCAGUUGUAAGUAUUCUUAUAUUGAUCAAAGUUAUUCAAGAAAUUUGUUGUUGUUGUUAAUUGAAUUUAUAUACCGCCCUAUACCCGAGGGUCUCGGUGGUUCACAGUCUCUUUAGUUUCAAACAAGUUAUGUAUAGUGUGUUCCUUUCAUCAUUUGUAUUUCUAGUUCCUCUUGGCCAUAUUAUCAGUGUUUAAUUUGAGAUGACACAAAGGUGGAACUCCCUGUGGCUGAAAUGAAAGAAUGGAUUUCCAGAAUAAUCUGAAAUUUUUCCUGUAGAAACAGCAGCUAUCAACCCAUGUAUUAGGCCUCCAAUAUUCUAGAAAAUUCAUGGGUUUGGUUUCUUUUGUUUAAACAAUUUUGUGAAAUGAGAAUGUCUCAUAAUAAAAAGCACAAAAUAAACAGAUACAAAAUGUAUAUCUGUCAAAUAACCUUUUACUCUUGUAAACCCACUCUGAAGUUGCUUAUUUCUGAACUGUUGCAAGAAGCCCAAGCAGAUCAAGUUUUUGUGUGAUUUUAUGUUGCUCAAACUGAUAGGUUUAUUCCAGGAAUUAGGCCAUUCACAGAGUGAAACAUAAGUCAGGUUGACUUACAAUGUUUACUCUUUGACUUGUUUGUUUUGUUUCUCAUUGUUUAAUAAUUAAUGAAACAAAUCCAAGUGUAAAUGUGUCUGGCAUAUUCCUUUCAAGCUACACCAAGUAUGAUCGCUCACUCUCCCCGUCCCCAGAAGAAUAACUCGGCUUCAUAGUUUUCAAAACAUAAAUUUUAUUUCCUUUCUGUAGCAUUUUCAAAGUGUUACACAUAUACUCAGUCUCUUUAAUGCCAGUUUUACUAAGAGGCAACAUUCUUCAAACUUCACUUUAUAACAAAAGUUAUGCAAAUAUAACAAAUAUGUGAAAAGCACUAAGUAGAGUAUUUCGCACCAUCAAUUUUCUAUCAUCAAAUAGAUGUCCUCAAAUUGAAAAUGUUUUUGGUAUUGUUUGAACUGGCUGGCAUGACUCAUUUUAAAUAUCUUCAAAAUGUGUCCAUGUGUUUUUAAAAAUGUAGCAUUGAACUUGUAGUUGAUAGUGACUUUCUUGUGUAGAAGCAGAAGGAAACAAAGAGCUGGUCUUAGAAUAUUGAUCACUGCUUUAAUGCACUUGAAUCCAAUGCCUUUAGCCAAGGCAAUUUAAACGCCUUAGUAGAGAUGGUAUGAUAGUGAUUGUGUUGCUGUUGUGUAGCCUGUUGUGGUGCUCACUUGGUCCUUUGAAACAUAGGUCCCAAUAUAUAAUGAAAUAGAUCGGGGUGGGGAACCUCCUUGACUCUGGGAACCAGAUCCUUAUCAGGAUCAGUCUUAGAGGCCAAAUUUGACAGGUGGGCAGGGUGUAUUGCUCCUAGGAGGCUGGGGAAUGUGUUAUGAAUCCCCUGGGCUACCACAGGAUAGGCAAGUAAAGGUUUUAGGUCACAUUGAAGGGGACUUACCAAGGCAGAUAUUUGUAAGCUGAAAUAUAAUUUAAAAUUAUUAUUUUGUAGUUACUGUUCUUUAGCUAAAUAGCAAUAUUUCAUAAGUAUGAAUAUAGCAACAGUAGAGCACUGUAAACCAGCUGCUCCGUAUCUAUGCUUUUGGACUACCACCUUUUCCACAUUUUACGCUUGCAUAAAAAGCCAGCUUACCUGCUGCUGCUUUGGUAUUGCAUCCUUGUUCUUCAAUUUAUGUCACAAGCUAUCCAGAGUCUUUGUUUAACGGACUUUGUUGCAUUUAGCUAUGAUAGGUAACGUAAUAGCUUUCCAACUUUAACGAUAUAACUUCAGAAGUUCUUUGGUUGUAUGAGAAUGUACGCAUGGCCUCUAGCUAUUUGUAUUUGUUCGGUUUACUUUGUUGUCAAGUCUCGUUAGGACAUUUAACAUGGUUAGCUUGAGGUCAAGCAUAACAAAAGCUUCGUGAUUCUAAACAACUAGUGCUAAGGUAUUGAACCGUGUGAUGCCACUCUCUGUUUUUAAAUCAUGUUGCUUUAUAAAAGCAAAAUGUGCAAGUUCUUGAAAGAGAAACUGUCUAAAUAAUCUGGAUGAAUAUUUUCUGAUGCAUUUUUCUGGUUGUGAUUAUGAAGUUGGUAUUUGUUGAGAAAUUUGUAAUCCUAAGAGAGAGAACUUGUUUUGCAAUGUAUAAAAAGUGUAAAAUUGCUAAUCUUCAGGAAAAGGACAUAAGAAGCAUAAUUAAUGGGUCUAUAAUAAAGCUGUCAUGUGAUUGCCUUACCCAUUAAACAUUCUGUGUAAACUAAUGUCAGUUGGCAUAGCUCUGUCUGUUCUUGACCAAAAAUUACUAUUACGAUGCAGUAGAAGGAACUGCUUUUCACAUUGAGGUACUACAAGCAGUAGAUGCAAGAGUGAUUCUUGCUUCUGCUUUGCUGGGAUAAUGUGAAGUAGGUAUAACUUGCAUCCACAUUUUGUUGCUUCUCUGAAUCAGAAUCAGAAUCCGAUUGCUUCUCUGAACCUGCCAAUGCACCUAGAGUUUAUUACAUCUGUAAAAUUUCAGGGCACUGUGAUGGUGCAUUGGCAUUUUCAUUAUGAGAGCCUCACAUCCAGGGGGUCGGCAACCCGCAGCCCAUGGGCCACAAGUGGUCCAUGGGGGUCAUUUAAAUGGCCCACAAGCUGCCCCCCAACCGAGCUGCCCACUCAGUGAGCCCCCCUGUGCUGCGCUAAACUGGCGCAGCACGGAGCAGGGAUUUACUUCCACGGCACUGGAAAUCACGUGUGCAGACGCCGAAAAUCGCAUCUGCAAAGUCACAGGCACCGGAAAUCACGCAAUCCAGCCCACAGAGCGAUCUCCACGGGCGUGAACAGGCCCAGGCCCAUCUGUACAUACUCAAACCUAAAUUGAGAGGCUUUGGGGGUUACAGGUUAUCUUACUCUGUAUUACUCUAUAUUAGCUUAAUUCUAUAUUAGCUUAAUUUCACCCAUUCUAAACCCUAAAUGAAGUUUUUAAAAUGUAUUUAAAAUUUCCUUCAGAAGGUUGAAUAGCAUGCAUAAAAAUAGUAAAGCAGUGUAAAAUAGCAAAUACUAUAUUAUAUCUAAAAGGGGUCAGGGCUUCCUGAAUGUCAAGAUGAAAGAAAAGUAAUUGAAAAUGCCAUUUGUGCUGCUAUCAUGUGCACUAAAUUGGGAAUGAAUCCCAGAGAGAAGCCAUCUGUUCCUGGUGCACACCUUGAUUUAGCAUUGCUGUUAAGAGCAACAUAUGAAAAUGCCAUAACUGUUCCUGGUAGGUUGUAACAAACCAGUGCUGAUCUUGCAACAGAGUUGUAGGUUUCUGGCAGCUGGCAGUAGUCUAUACCAGGUGCAAUAUUGGAACAAUAAUCAAAGGCUGCAGUGUAGUCUGUCAAGGUUAUGAAAGCAGGAAUAAUAGGUCAUAAAUUCUUUCUGGAGUACAUGUAAUUCCUAUGCUUGAUUCGUCAGCUAACUCUUGUUUUAAGUGUUGUAAGGGGAAAAUAGCUUCACUAAUGUGGUAUAUUGUGUCUAGUUCAGUGGACACUGUUUUGGACAUAGAUUUGCAACAGUUUCUUUUUUCUCCAGACUCUCUAGCUAGGUUUAUCUCCCAGUUUUGAUUCCCUAAUUAUUCAAAAUGAACUGUGAAUGUUAUAAGACUUGUAAAGUACCAAAUUAUGAGUACUGUAACCUGAUUCCUCUGAACUCGUGGCUUGAAGUUCUGAUGAGAUAAACACUGCUGCUUUCAUAAACAGGUUUAAAGAUAAUCAACAAUACAUUAUGCUUGCUUUGACAUCUAUUGGAAAAUAUUUUGAUCGUGAUGGUCAUCUAAUAAGUUACCUGUUUUCUUUCCAGAACAUUCCGGAUGUUGAUGAUGAAGGUUAUAGCAUUAAACCAGAAGCUAGUCAGAAUAUCCUUUUAUUGUAAUGCUUAAUUAUGAACCUAGAGCAUGAGCCCUGCUGGAUCCAUGUCAAAGGCCAGGCUAGUCCAGCAUUUUGUUCAUGUAGUAGCUAACCAGAUGCCUAAGAGAUGCUGACAAGCAAUAUGUGUGCCUGCUUGAUAGCAUUCUCUUGCUUGUGAUCUGAAGCAACUGCUACUCAAAGGCACCCUGCCACUUGAUACUGGAGCCAUUGUGACUAGUGGCCACUGAUAACCUUAUCUUCCAUAAAUUUAUCUAAUCUCCUGUUAAAUCCAUCCCAGUUUCCUGUGUAUCCCACUAUUGUGGUUCAUUGGAUAACCUUGCUUUUUCCACAAUCUGCAUGUUAUCUUGUUUUCUAAACUAGAAAGCCACAAAUGUUGUAACCUUUCCUCAUAGGGAAGUUGUUCCAGCCUCUGUAUAAUUUUGGUUGCCCUGGUUGUGUACAAUCUCUUCACAAAGCUUUAUGAAUAUGUAAAGGACUAAUAUCAGUGAUUUUUGUGGGUCUUAAAAAUCCUGUUUAGCAACUUAUUAACUUGCAGUUGUUCUGUGUUUGUGUGUAUGCAUAGAGCAGUGCUGUUAGUCAUUAUGUGAUUAACUUCAUGACGUUCACCUUAACUGCAAAUAACAUACCAAAGAGAACCACUUCUAUUCUUCAAGUGAUUCUGACUCUGAAGAUGAUGAACCAAGGAAGUUCCAUGUGGAAAUUAAGCCUGUACAGGCAAAUAGUAGUUCUCAUUAUACAAUGCCUUCACUGGAUGAAUUAAAAGAAUCAAUAGGGAACAUCACACUUUCACCAGCUAUAUCUGUAAGUAAACUGAGCACAAUAUUUAGUAUAUCAGGCGCAAUCGGUAAAUAGUACUUUAAAACUAACCAUUUUAGCACAAGUGUAGAAUAUCUCAAUUGCCUAUUUUUAAUAAGUUAUGGAUUUCAAAUGAUAAAAGGAUGAAUUUUGAAAUGUGGUAUACCAGGUCUUUGGAGCAAGAGCAGAGACGCUGCCUGUGUAUAUAUGGAGUUAAGGGAGUACAUAUGAGGUUAACAUAGAGCCACUUUUUUAUUAGCAAAAGCCUCAUGAUUCAGAAACAAACACCCCAGCCCAGUUUUUGAAGCUAUAUUCUGAACAGAUUAUGUUAUAUUCUAAUUGUAAUCAUAUAUGCUGAAGUCAGAUUUUUAGUUUAGAGAGAGUUCUUCGUGCGUGUUAGAAUUACAAUAUUUUUGGCAUGGUCCUACCCCAUGCCAGGCGAUGCAGGCAAAUACAUUUUGUUGGAUUCCUAUGUUCCAUCUUAACUGCCUUUAGAAAAGUGAGAAACGAUCAGGUUCCAUCCUACAGUGCAACCUGUCACAUAACAUUAUUCGUAACUACAGUUUGCAUUUUACAUGGAUAAAUAUGUCCCUGGCUAACUCUACAAAUUUAUCUUCCCCAGACCAUAUCUGCCUCAGGUGUAUGAAUCCAACAAACUAUUUCAUCUGUGCUUUGGCUUUUUCUGUAUUUGAGUGUCUGCUGCUAUUAUGAGAUGGAGUCUGUUUCUCAAAAGACUAGGGAGAAGGGUUUAAAACAGUGUUUGGGUCCCCAGCUGUUGUUGGCCUACAAUUCCCAUCAUCCCUAGUUUUUUGUGUUGUUUCCUUUGUGGAAAGGUCAUUCUAGAUCAGGGGUUGUCAACCUGGUCCCUACUGCCCACUAGUGGGGGUUUCAGGAUUCUAGGUGGGCGGUAGAGGGUUCUAUGGCAUAAGCUGAAUCCUCCUUCCAUCGAGCACUGGUGGGCAGUAAGGAAGUUUUGCCAUCAAGAAAGAUGCAUUAGUGGGCAGUAGGUAUAAAAAGGUUGACUACCCCUGUUCUAGAUCAACAGUUGGGCUCUAAUACCCAUCAGCAUGGCUACUGGUUGGGUGAUAGGACUUGUAGUCCAACAUCAUCAGAGGGCCAUAAGUUAGCACACACACCCAGCUCUAGUUAAAGAUGGAUACAAAUAUACAACUAGUGAUUCAGUAUUUUGGUAUUUGAGAUCUCCAAUAAACAGUUGGUACCAUUCAGACCACACCAUCAGGAUUCUUGCCUUUUUCUUUAAAAUGUUAAAAUUAUAUUUUACACUUAGGCUUUUUUAUUACAUUAACGUUAUGGCUUGAUGCUUCAAGAUUCAAAGUUGUGGGGAGGGGAAUACAGUAGUACAUUUAACUUGCACCAAAUUGUAUGUAAUUAUGUUUUCCCUAUUUUAUUUUGUAUGCUGACAUCAGAGACAUAGUCCUGUAAGUAUUAAGUUAUAUUUACCAUAGUUUACUUCUAAUUAAAACUUAGCCAUGUGGGCUGGUGAUUGAUUUGAGUGUGUGCAUACGUGUGUUUCAUGGUGGUGAACUUCAAGCUUGCUUUUUUGCUGCACUUCCAAGACACUUUGAAGCGUUAGAGGCAAUUGGCCCCUGACCUUAUACUGUGUGAGGUCAGGGGCAAGGGGACAAGUGGUUGCCUCUUGUGGAGCAGUGUGGUCCCCAUGACAAUCAUCUGAAUUGGGGCACUAUGUCAAUUUCAUAUGAGCAGCUUUUUAAAAAACAAAAACAAAAAACUGCAUUUUGCUUCCCUAGCUGCUCUUGAUCAGUAAUUUACUUUCAUAUCAUCCCAGCACAGAUUUCUCAGGGUGGCUUCACAAUUUGACGCUUAAGCAGAAGCCAUUUGAAGCUGCUCCCACAUGGCUACUAAUGUGCACACAGGUUAUUUCAAGAAAAUGCAGAGUAGCAACUGCUUGGCUUUAAAAACAUCUGCCAACAGUAUUCAGCCUUGGUCAUGAAGAAAAAAAGGAAGAGGACCAACUUAAGUGGCAUAAAGUAUUGGCUUGCAAUAGAGAGCAGUCAUCAUGUUGCAGCAGUUUUAGGCAGUCUGCAUGGAAUGGGAUGGCCAUAUAGUGAAAAGCCACCAUUGGUUAAUUUUACCACAGAUUACAAACUUAAUCUCCAGAAGAUCUACCCAAUGUUUCACUACCUGUCUCUACCACUUACUUUGCCUGUUAGAGGUACAGUGGUGCCUCGCAAGACGAAAUUAAUCCGUUCCGCGAGUCUCUUCGUCUUGCGGUUUUUUCGUCUUGCGAAGCACGGCUAUCAGCGGCUUAGCGGCUAUUAACGGCUUAGCGGCUUUAAGAAAAAGGAAACAAACUCGCAAGAACUCGCAAGACGUUUCGUCUUGCGAAGCAAGCCCAUAGGGAAAUUCGUCUUGCGGAACAACUCAAAAAACGGAAAACUCUUUCGUCUAGCGAGUUUUCGUCUUGCGAGGCAUUCGUCUUGCGGGGCACCACUGUACUAAGCCUAAUAGCUAGUGGUGGCUUUGGAAUUUAUCUCCAACUGCCAACUCUUUAGUUUAGGAAGAAAAUAUUCGUUCACUAAGCGUUGUUCAUUUUUGUUAUUUUUCAUCUAGGCACAAAUGAACCGGAAUUCAUCCAGUAAGUGUGUGUGAACUGCUGACCAUCAUCUUGUUUUUCUUAUGUUUAUAUUGGACUUUAACUUGCUGUUCAUGAAAUCAUGCCUGUAUAAAUUGUUUCUUGCAAAUGAAAAGUUGUAUAUGGUGGGAUAUCAGGGAGUCCUAAAUCAAGGGGGGUUUUUUUGCUGCCAUGUUAAUGACUUUAAUGACAAUUCACUCCCCUGCCCUCACCCACAGAAUGCAAAAGUCUGCCUACUUUUGGUAAUUGUCCAAAACAUAGAUAUAUAUGUCCGUAAUAAAAUUGAUUAAUAAAAUGACUGUGUGAUAUUAGAUGGUUUUAAUGGAACUCUUAAAGAAUCUGACAGUAGAAACUGUACCACACAUUAAAGCUUGGUGCUUGCAUCCUGGCUUUGGGGUCAGGCUUUAGGUUGCAGUCCACCUCCCCUUGGUGCCAGGCUUGCGGAGAGAAUGGAUUUGGUGGACAUAUUCCUUCAGGCACCCCUGCCAGCCUCCACCCACAAAGUAACUGCUGGCAUGGAGCUCUUCAUUCCAUUUGCUGGAUGGGCAGAAGUACUGUGUGAUCCCCUGGGGCAGUAGCUCACAGCUCCAAAACAAGGGUGUUUCAAGGUGGGGCUAGCCCAUGCUGGGAUCUACUUUAUCCUUAGCCUCACUGAUGUCACUUGAUGGCAUCUGACCCAAUAUAGGCUUAGUUGCUGCUCCUUUGCCUUCUCUCCCAGGCAGCACAAGUGAUGGAGCUGUGGUGAUGGCUCUUUUGCUCCAUCAUGCCCCGCUGCUGCUCAACCAGGAUUUGGAUUGACCUGUAAUCUAUUUCUAAUAGCACUUCCAAUUUUAAAAAAGGAAUAAUAUAUUUGUCCUGUUAAACUUUUCUAAAACCUUAUAGGAUAUGGUGACAGUUUGUACAUGCUCUUAAAAGAACUAGCCUUCAUUGGAGCAAUGUGUAUAAAAUAUGUGACAAAGCUCUUCUCCUGUGUGCUGGUGGUGCUCAAAGAAGACUUAUCUAGCUUGGCCCUAAAAGGAAAAACAUUAGAGAGUUGUGAUCUCCCAGCUUUUUAAUUUUGGAGCGGGGCAUUCAGAAUCAGGACUGAAGCCUGAGGAACCACAGGUUAAUCCCCCAUGCUAUUUUCAGCUGCUAUUUCCCCACUAGGGCAAUCAUACAAGUACACUAGUUCCUUAAUGGGGUGAGUAGGAGGUAGGGAAGGACAUGGGUGGCGCUGUGGUCUAAACCACAGAGCCUAGGACUUGCCGAUCAGAAGGUCGGCAGUUUGAAUCCCCGCGACGGGGUGAGCUCCCGUUGUUCGGUCCCUGCUCCUGCCAACCUAGCAGUUCGAAAGCACGUCAAAGUGCAAAGUAGAUAAAUAGGUGCCGCUCCGGCAGGAAGGUAAAUGGCAUUUCUGUGUGCUGCUCUGUUUCGCCAGAAGCAGCUUAGUCAUGCUGGCCACAUGACCCAGAAGCUGUACGCCGGCUCCCUCGGCCAAUAAAGCGAGAUGAGCGCCGCAACCCCAGAGUCGUCCGUGACCGGACCUAAUGGUCAGGGGUCCCUUUACCUUUACCCUUAGGAGCUAGGGAACCUUUGCAGUUGGCAGGUUGCCACAUGACAGAGUGAUCUACAUGUUCCCAUAUAGAAGUGACUUCCAUAUAGGAAUUUGUCAGGUAUUAGUUACUUGAAUACUAAAAGUUACUUUGUCAGCACUGUGUACAUAUGUGCUUAAUUGUAAAAACACGUCUCUUUCUAGAUUUGCUUAAGGGUUUAAAUACCUAUUAAAUACUUACUGAUUUAAUACAAGUUAUUAACCUUUGACUGCAAAGACAGGCUUGUACCCCAAAUUUCCUUCUGAGCAUGUUCACAAAUCAGGGUUUUCCCAUAGGCCUGUUACCAAUGCACCUCUGAAAAUCUGUUUUUGAGAGCUGGAAGUCUCUUGAGAAUGGUGCAGGGGGCUAUAGAUGGAGAAAAGUUGCAAAAAUCAACCGUCUUCUUAGAUUAGAAGAGCAAAUUAGAAUCCAAGCCAUAGUUUGAGAAGAAUAUUGUAAUGCCUGUGUCUUACAGUAAAACUAUUUUGAGAUCAGCAUCUUGCAAAACUCGCUUUCUAUUUAUUUUUCUAUUCAUAUCCUGUUUUUUUUUAAAUUGGAGUCUUCAAAGAGGCUCUCAACAUUUAUAAAAUGCAUUGGAAACAUUAAAAACUAUACAUCUUAAAAACCAACAAACUGAUUCCGUUUAAGCAGGCAUUUGAUGUCCUUCCACACCCAUGUCCUUCCUGGAUUCCUUCUCACACAGCAAUUUUUGUUAUAAACACUUUUGGCAAAAGCAAAAGAUUCAUACUGUGAUGCAUUUCCACUUCAUGCCAGUGUUUGAGUUGUUUUGUAUUGCAUCUUUGCCAUUUAAAACAUUACUUUUAUAAAGCUGGCUGAUUUUGUUAAUUAAAUGUCAUGGCUUUCAAUUAUCAUAAUAUCUUUUAGGUGAAGAAUUAACAAAAUCAAAGCUUUCUGCUUCAUCUAAUGAGUAAGUUUUACAUUAGACAUUUAUUUUUAUUUGAAGAGUCACUGAAUAUUAAGUUUGAAGGGCUUUCUCCCCGCCCCCCAGAUUCCUGUGUCCAGUGUUCAGUUCUGAUGUGACAGUUUAGGUGUGGGCUGUUUGGGACUCCAAAAGAUGAAUUUCUGCAUUAAUUUUUUUUUUCAUCCUUCACUUUGGCUGCUUACCUGACUCCCCUUUAGUCUGUGCUCAUAUCAUAUGAUACAUAGUAUUUCCAGAAUAAAACAAUUAAGAUGAAAAAUUGAUAAUUACCUGUAGCAUAAAUACGAUGUACAUAGCUUUGCAUCUGUAAAUUUAUGUAUGAUCUGCCAGAAGAAUAUAAAUCACUUUCUUGCUGUCAUAAGCCAACAUAUUUUUGUUAUCCAUAAGUAAAAAAAAAUUGCCUUAAAGUCAACCUAAAUUCUACAAGGCCAUAUUGGAAAAAAUAAUAGCAUGGUUGCAGACCAAGGCCAAAAAGAAUCAAUUAAUUUGCUAGCCAUACAUGAUUCCAUCCCCAGCCUGAAGUGAUGCUCUUAUGCAGUCUUAAAGCUCAAUCAGGAACCUUUAGAAGCUGCUAUUAUAUAGGAGGUUCUUCAGUGGAGUGCUAAACAGAUUGCUUUGUCAGUGCAAGCUUUUCUGCUUGUCUGAGGGAAUUAACUGCCCUCUCCUCCCCCCAUGCAUUGCCUCGGGAGUUCUCCUGCCCCUCCUGAGUAAAUUUGGGGGUACAGGGGACACGUAGUGGAAGCAGGGGAAAGCCCAAUUGUACUAAUGGAACUUGGGGGGGGAAUUAGUUGAAUCUGGCCCAUAGUUAUUGUGUGUAAAAUGUAUUUUGUUCUAUCUGAAUCAGAAGGUUUUUUUAAGUCAAAUAAAACAGAUUUGUGACAGAAUUUGAUUCAGAUGCUUACAGAAGGGGUUUCAUUCCAUCCGCCUUUUCCCAAAAAAAAUAAAAAAAAUAGUAUAGCAAAUUUCAAUAUGUCCUCAUUAUGCAUCAUGUUUUUCUUUACUUUUAAAAAAUAAUUUCAUCAUUGUUUGGUCAACAGUUGUUUAAUCUUAUUUUACAAACACACAAGUUCCCAAAGUGGUUUAUGGCACAUAAAAUAGAAACAUCAGUAGCAAAAGUAACAUUAGCAUGUCAAACAAUUGACAGUUUCAGGGACAAUGUCUAUGAUAAUUCAAUACACCAUUAAACAGUAACCCAGCAGCUCAAGGCAGCUGUAGGAGUACACAGAUGUAAAAUUAGAUUAAGGCUACAGUAUUCACCCGACUAAGCUGGCAGUAAACCCCACUGGAUUCAGUAGAGCUUAUUUAUGAGUAGAAAUAGUUAGGAUUGCAUGAUCAAUUGGCCAAGUUCUCAAAAAUGGCAGUAAUGGAUUAAAAGCUAUAAGAAUGGUAAUACUUUAUAUUGAUUUAAAAAGCCACUAGUAUUCUCCCUUUCAUCAUUUGUAAGGGAAUAGUUUCUGGUGUAAAAUAUUUAAGUAUGCAUUAUUAUUAUUUUAAUAUGCAUAUGCAGCUUCAACUGUUAGUUCAGUUCUAAAAACAUACCUGGUAUGAUUUAUAUUCAUUUUAUGAUGACUUAUAGGAAGGGGAACAAUGACCUCCUAGCAUGGGAUCCACUCUUUAGGAAUUCUGGUGAUUCAUCCUCACUGACUUCAACAAUGUCUUCAUCUUCAUCAGGUAGGUUUAUUAUUAACAGAGAAAAGCCUCUUUUUCCAUUGGGAAACUUUAAUGACAAGUGUGCAAUGUAAAUAGGAUUUUCAAACGUAGUCACAGUAAUGUCAACUUACAUAUGAUUUCUAAAAUGCUGAUAAAGAACAUGCAGAUCCCACUUACUGAACACAAUGUUCAGUAUUGGAAAGUAUUUGCAUAACGAGUCCAUGAUUUCCAUUGAUUCCUAGGGGAACAUUUCUAAUCUGGGAUUUUUCUGAUCUCUGUUACCACUUUUUCAAUGGUUUCUUUUUGAAAUGACUGUAGCCAAACAGAGACAGAGAAAAAAUGAUUUAUCCAAUCUUUCCUCCCCUGAUUUGUCCAGUCUCCCUCUCUCCCUCCCUGCAUGGUUUCUGCCUGAAAAUGGCUCCAGCUCCCCACCUCUCAAGUACCAGUGAUACACACCAGGUCACCCCAUUCAUUCAUGAUCAGAUCAUGGAUCAGCCUGGUUUUAUUACAGACAGCAAUGAAAAUGCUGCUUCUUGAUUGAAUGAAGUUUUGCUUUUUAUUAUAUACUUGGCACUCUUAUAAGGGUUCUCAAAUACAAUGAACAAUCCAAGGAAUCUGAAGAAAAGCUAUCAUAUUUGCAAAUAAAAGAAGAAACAACUUUAGCAAGUUUGCUAAUGUCCUAGAUCCAGCACCCUGUUUCAUGUAUACUUGUAGAAGGCACUUCCAUAUAUUUAUAGACAGGGGUUGUUUAUUAUCUUUCUUCCAGUAACAAAUAGCAUUUCCUGCUUAUAGGAAAAAAUAAUCACAUUGAAAGUUCAAAGUAAGACUUUCCAUUUAAUGUGUUCUUUGCCCCUGAGUUGCACAAUGAACAAUUUAGAUCUGACCAUUAUUACAAUUUUAUCUGAAUCAAGUAAUUUGGUUUCAUGCAGUCUAUUUUUUUAUGUUAUGAGUAAUGUUACUGCUUACAAUUGCUGCUAAUUCUUGGAACAAUAUACUUUGUAGUGCUGCUUUUUAGAGUAGUAUUCACUGUUGAACUGUUUGGUCCAGUAGUUUCUAUGUUUAAAUUAGUUUUCUAUUCCAAUAAUAAGUAUACUAGAAUAUUUUAUUACUGUUCAUAAAUGUAAAUGUUACAGAAAUGUAUUAAUCUUUACUAUUGCCUUCCAGCAAGACCAACUACCCCUCUUUCUGUGGGUACCUUAGUGCCUCCUCCAAGACCAGCUUCUAGACCAAAGUUGACUGCAGGGAAACUCAGUGGAAUUAAUGAAAUUGUAAGAGCAAUGCAACUUGCCUUAAGUUAUAUUUAUCUCUCACUGUAGCUUUUCCCACUUAACUUUUGUAUGUAUUUAUGCUUUUGCAUUUUGUUUUUAAGCCAAGGCCAUUCAGCCCUCCUUUGACCUCCAAUUCUAGCCCACCUCCUUCAGCUCCUUUGGCACGUGCAGAGAGUUCCUCCUCAAUAUCAUCUUCUGCUUCAUUAAGUGCAGCAAAUACACCUACAGUUGGUAAGGAAGUGUAUCAGUGAUUCCCUGUAUAGUAUCUAAUUUUAAAACUUUUUUAGCCUUUGAAAAAUGGAUAUAAAAGCUAUUUAUAAAUCCUUUAUAUGAGAUGUGAAAGAAUUUGUUUAGGAAUAAAGGAGCUACUCCAAAAAGGGUCUCUUCACCAGGCAUGCAUGCACACCACACACACAUUGCAAACAUGCAAUGACAGGAUUCAUUUUAACAGGAUUUUAGACUUUAAACAUAGGUGAUCUACAUUUUUCUACAAGUGGGAAGCCUAUAAGGUACUGAUAAGUUUAUUUUUGGAGAGAAUACUUAUUUUCAUAGGUGAAGUUUUUCUCGCUCUGCGAAAAAGCCUUUUUAAAAUAGCUAAUUAUUAAAUUGGUUGUCUGGUUCUGUUCAUGAUAACAAGCAAUUAUCCAAACAGAUUUUUCUGGAUUGAUUUUCAGAGGUAUUUAAGUUGCAGCAUUUGACAAAUCUGGCCUUGCUCUCUUAAAAAUCAUUGUAUCAGCUGAAUGGAAAACAUUUUUAAUGUGUUCACCAGCAGUAUGUAUAAUGUUCAGCUGUUGUCUGGGGGCCAUGUUAGCUGUCUUAUAACUUCUGCCUCUUACUUCAGGCCAAGAGAAAGGAACUUACGCAGCUUCCUUCCUUCCUUCUUUCCCUCCUUCUGUUGGUUGGUUUUAAGUCGCUUUGGGUUGCCUUUGGCAAGAUUUUUAUUAUUAUUAUUAUUAUUAUUAAUAAUAUUUACCCAAAUUAUUUUUGUAAUGUGUUAUUUUAAGUAACAUAUUUAAAGAAAUUCCUUCUUAUUUAUCAUCACCGUCUUCCUAAGUAAUCUUUUUAAAAGUUACAGUACAUACAGAAUUACUUGGCAUUUAUUCUGUUUUAUACGUUAUUGUAUGAAACAUUAAAAAAUAAAGCCGUAUUCACAGUGUGGGGAUUCCAAUGCCCAGCUGGCUUUGUCCCCUGCUGUGCUUGUGCCAGGCCUGUCAGCAUAUGUGCCCUGUGUACAUGGUCUCUACCCCUCAAAGCCAUCUGUGUGAGGGAAGAGUGUUCUGCAGAUUGGGCCUACAUAGCCUUAUUUCCAAGGAGCAAAGAAGGCCAGUAGGUGUUGUUUCAGUCUUCCACCACACAUAGAUAUUAUGUCACCUGCAUUACUCUGAAACAUUUUGUUGCUGUAGAACUACAUGGUUUCUUGUUCUUUCCAAAGUGGAAAAAAUGAUGUGAUUAUCUUACUUUAAAGUGGGCAAGGAAAGGUUACCAUAUUUUUCGCCCUAUAGGGCGCACCUUGUUUUUUGGGGGGGAAAUAAAUUUUUUAAAAAAUUAUUUCCCUUCCCCAGCCCCCAGAACAGGCUGCUGCCCGCAAGCCUUGCGCGCCCGGCGGGGGUUCCCGCCGGGCGCGCAAGGCUUGCGGACAUCUGCCCGAAGCACGGGGCGUGCUCCGGAGCGCGCCCCGUGCUUUGGGCUGCAAGCUGCUGCCCGCAAGUCCUGCAAGCCCGGUGGGAACUCCUGUGGGUGCGCAAGGCUUGCGGACAUCUGCCCAAAGCCCGGGGUGCGCUCUGGAGCGCGCUUCGGGCUGCAGGCUGCUGCCCACAAGCCUUGGGAGCCCAGCGGGCACUCCCGCUGGGCUCCCAAGGCUUGCGGAUAGCUUCCUGAAGCCUGGAUAGCGAGCGGGGUCGGUGCGCACUGACCCCUCUCGCUCUCCAGGCUUCAGCGAAAGCCUGCAUUCGCCCCAUAGGACGCACACACAUUUUCCCUUCAUUUUUGAAGGGGAAAAAGUGCGUCCUAUAGGGCGAAAAAUACGGUACUUUUCUGCAGUCAUUAUAGAGGAAAUGGAAAUAAUCGACAUUAACUGGUGGAGUCCUUUGUUAAAUAUAGACUUAUUAUCUAUAUUAAAUUGUUGAUAUGAUGUUAUACAUACAUGCAUGCAUGCAUGUAUGCACAGGUAUUUUCUUCCAAAAAUCCUAGUGCAAUAUCUUAAAAUCUGCAUCAUCUAAUAUUUGUACUUUAGUAUUAAGUCUUACAUUAAUAAUUAAUGUCUUUUGAAAUUCAUAGCUGAAGUAAUCCAUCUUUGAAGUUGCUAACAUGAUAGGAAGUGACAUCAGUAAACUCUAUGCAUUCUAGGUAUUUCACGUGGCCCUAGCCCUGUCAGCCUUGGAAACCAGGACACUUUGCCUGUUGCAGUGGCCCUUACUGAGUCUGUUAAUGCCUACUUCAAAGGAGCAGAUCCCACAAAGUUAGUGAAACAUUUGUUUUGAAUUUUAUAUCUUGCAUUAAAAAAACAGAAUAAGGUUUUUGUUUUGUUUUUUACUUUGGAAAAAAUAAUGGAACUUCAGAAAUGAAAUUCUAAUGUAUAUUGUCCAGUGUCUAUUUGGAUAAAUACACUGCUGAUGAAAGUAUGGAUUAUGUUGUUAGAUAACUAUUGAAUGUCAUUCAAUACCUGCAUCAGACUUGGUUUUCAUUUUUAUUUGUGAAUGAUUCUUAGGGUAAUAUUAAGCUGUGUCUUCCAACUUGUACAGCAGACUUCUGCUUAUGCAAACAGGUCUCCCUUUUGUCUCUUUCCCUCUGUAGCCCCCAAAAUUUGCUGGAUAUGGUUGGGGGCCCUUCUGGAGUAGCUGGGGAAUAGAUGAGGAGACAGGUAGCUCCCUAGAGGAGAUGAAAAGUAUCACAUCUACUGGUGUGGCAUUGGAUCUUGCUGUUCAUGGGAACAAAGUCUACCCAGUACCAUACUUAUAUACCACUUUUCUACAUAAAAAGGCAUAAAAGCUAACAGUGUAUAACAGCACAUAAGAAGCCAUUUCAGAGCCUAUAUAUAGCAUUUAUUACCUGUUUCCGAAAGGCAACAAGUUAGGCAAGUUGUCCUCUUGAGGGAGGGAAUUUUACAGUUCUGGAGCCAUCACAGAGAAAGUCCAGCUCCCAACUGGAGAUGGUCUAGCAUCCAAAAAAGACCUCAAGCAAUAUUUCACUGGUUGACCAUAAUGGGAGUCAUGAGGCAUUCCAAAGGUACUCAGAACUUGUGCUGUAUGUAUAGAACUUUCUGCUGAAAUCUCUCCUAGUUCUAAAAUUGCAUUAUAAAUGAGCAAUCUUAGUAAAUUUGUAUGUUAACUAAUACUUUUUUACAGUUAGAUUGUUAUAACAACGGACAUGUUUUUACUAAACGUAGCAUGCAUCCUAUAGUUUGUUGUAAAAGUAAUGCUUGUAAUUUUACAUCUUUUUUUUAGAUGUAUUGUGAAAAUCACUGGUGAUAUGACAGUCUCAUUCCCAAGUGGAAUUAUUAAAGUCUUCACCAGCAAUCCAUCUCCAGCUGUGCUCUGCUUCAGGGUAAAAAACACAAGCAAACUAGAGCAGGUUCUUCCAAAUGCACAACUUGUAUACAGGUUUUGUAUUUUUUUAUCUAAUAGUAAACUAUCUAAUCUAUAAAUGUGCUUUGUUGCAUUAUUACAUUUUAUUUAUACAUUCUCUCAUGCUGAAGCCCUGUUCACCCUGCAAAUAUGCUUUGGUAAAUUGCAUUGUAUAUUUUAUGCUUGUCGUCUUUUUCAACAUCUUCAUUCCAAUUCUAGUGUUACUUUUAGAGAUUUAAUAAACUUGCAAGUUUCCAUUAGAGCUCACUUAGAACAAAUUACUGAAAUAACCUAAUUUUAAACCAUAAACAUUUUUCGUAGUACCAUGAUUCGCAGCUCCUUAAAAAGCUCCACCACCCCCUGCCAGGUUCACCACACAGAGUCCACAUUGCAUGCACACACAAGACAUAGAAACAAUUCCCAGAGGGGUAAGUCAUAGAGCAGUAGUGGGUCCAUGGUGUCUGAGAACUGGAUGAAUGCUAACUAAAUGGUGGUGCUAAAAAAAUGCAUAGCGGCAGUGUUAAUUAACCAUAAUGUCCACAGCAGUAGUGCACUAUUUCAUGGGUAACAGGGAUGUCUUCCCACCUCCUAACUAUGCUGGUAUUCCUUACCCCAUGAAGCUAGUUGCAUUUCCUCAUAUGGUUUGAUAUUACAAACAGAUUACAUAGCAUGCUUCGUUUCCUCAAUGCAAGCAUCUAAUGCUUUUUGUGAUUUAUUUUAUUUUAUUUUAUUUUAUUUACAUUACUUUUCAAAACAUAUUAAGCUCCUUCAUUUGAGGAAGGAUUUAAUCCAGUUUUGAAACAUGUGUUAGAGAAUAGUUCAGACAUCACUCAUCACAUCAAACUGGAAAACUAAAAUUGUAUCACUUUUAAAUGUUUAGGUACAAUCUUAACUUGUUGUUGAUUUGUACCUGUGUGCCAUCAUAAGGAUAUGUGUCAUGAGUCCCCAUAGGUGUUUGGCUUGCAGGUUGAAAGUAUGGCAAUACAUUCUCUUAUCAGAAUUCUUUGAUUCCCAGGCAUUAUGGAAAUCUGAGGGUCGCUCUGCAAUUUACUAGCUUUCUGCAGGCUCAGGAUAUGCCAUAUAUCUUCAGGAUUGCUUUUUAAACAAUUGGCCGUACACAACACACAGAGUACCUCAUUCAUUCCUGAGAAACUACAGCCUUCAUUUUGGGUUUACAUAUGGAUUACACUGGUCUCUUAAUCGCAGUCACCUAAUUAUGUUCUGAGCCACUGAAUAAAAAGUUGAUUUAUUUACUUAGUUCAGAACGUUUUCACUGUGGGCAGCUGCUCAAGCUGGACAGAAACUGCUGUGUAAUAGAUAAAUAUGAGAGUGAUUAAGGCUACGGUCUUAGACCAGCUGUCUCUCUUACUGGACAAUAUGAAUUUUCCCCAGGAUAUGCUGUUUGUGUGUUUAAAAUGACCAUGCUUUCUUCUACAGGGUUAUACAUAAAUAUAAUUUGUGCAACAUUUAUUAUGAAGUAAAUUAAAUUCAUCCUGGGCUGCUCCUCUCUAUGUGUUACAGUGGAUGUAGACUUCCAGCUACUUCAUAUAGCACCCACUGUGUAAAAAUGCAAAAUUGAGUAUAAAAUUGUAGAGGUAGUGUAUUGCAACAUUUUUACCAUCAUACUUUAUUCAUUUACUUACAUACUGCUUUUUAUUUAUACAUCAUAAAGCAGUUCACAAUAUGCAUAAAACCAUUAUAAUAAAGAAAUAACAGUUGAACUUUCCAGAUAGUCAUAUAAUUUCAGCAACUACAGAAGCCAAAGAAUUUACAUAUAGGAUGCUGAGGCAGAGAAUGUGUGAAAUGCCAAGUCCUUCUAGUUAUAUAUGGGCAGAGGGGAAGUGAAACCAGAAACUUUCAGGUUGUAAUUUAGCCUCUCUGCUACAGCAAAACAUCAUGAGCAGAGACAAAGUCACUGUUCUGCAAAUAUGCAAGAGUUCAUUUAGUUUUAAUCGGUGGGUUCCAUAGCAGCUCCAAUUUGUCUGUGUGAUCUUCUGCAAAGGUAUAAAACAGUUCUUCAGUGUGUGCUGCGGACCCUUUGGAUCCAACCCCCAUCCAUAGAAGUAGUUUUAAAAGAUGGUUAAAAACUUUGUAUUCCUUCUUUUGCAAAACAUUUCCAAUAUGUAAGAAAUCUAAAACCUGUGUUUUCACCAACUUUUUGUGCACAGUGAUCCAUCACAAAGCGAUUCCAAUGUAAGAGAUUUUUGGAUGGACAUGCAAGCUGUUACAGUCUACCUCAAGAAGCUAUCGGAACAGAAUCCUUCGGCUUCUUACUAUAAUGUAGAUGUUCUAAAAUAUCAGGUAACUUUUAAUUUUUUACUUUACUCACACCACACUAGCUUGGCCUUGCAUCUGACUGCAAAAAAAGCAAUUGACUCUUCCCUUGAUUAAUUUGUUCAGACUUUUUCCUCACAGUAUUUAUAGAAACAUUCUGGUAUUUUCUUUUUAAGGCUCAUAUAUGAUAACCUAAUACUUCUGAUCUUGGCUGUUGUCCUAGCUGCAACGUGCUGUUUGUUGCCUUUUUUCGCCCAGAUGGGUUCAAAGAUCAGGACGAAUAUUUUGCAGUACUGAAAGACACAUCUUGGAGCCAAGAGUUCAUAACUUCAGUCUGUGCCUUUAUCAUCUAAAAGUAUUUCCUGGCAACGUAGCCAUUUUCAGGACUUUUUAUAGUAAUGUUGUUAAUUUAUACAUAUUAAGUGUAAAGUUUCUGAUUAAGUAUAUUUUGCAGAACGCAGCACAAAAUUGAAACUUUAUAGUUUUCAUUAUUGGACCUAAAAGUCAUUAUUUGAUUAUUUUCAAAGGUAUCUUCAAAUGGCAUCCAAUCUACACCUCUGAAUCUUGCUACGUACUGGAAGUGCAAUAGUAACACUACUGAUGUAAGAGUCGAUUACAAAUACAACCCGGCCUCUAUGGCAGUGCCAACUAUGCUUUCUAAUAUACAGGUCAUGGUACCGGUUGAUGGAGGUGUAAUGAAUAUGCAGUCACUUCCUCCAGCAAAAUGGUAAUUUUUUUAAAAAAAAAUAUUAUUAUUAUUUUACUGCUGAUACUACAUGGAAUUCAUUCCACUAUGCUGCUGCUGUUUUACAUCUGAAACAUUGUGAAAAGCAAUCCUUUUAUUUUUAAAUUUUUCGCACCAUGGUACUGGUAUUAGGGGUGCUGUACAUCUCCUGAAAGAUAAUACACAGAAAACUAGGUUUUCUGCUUUAGUACAAACCUUCAACAAAACAAUGACUUUUUCAGGAUAUUUUAAGACUACAAAGUUAAUUUCCUUGUUCUGCCCGGCAUCUAGCAUAUUCUUGUUAAGUAAAAAGAAAAAAUUAAAGUUAAUGAAAAUAUUAAAAUAUUUAUUUAUUUAAGUAAUAUAUAUUCUGCUACGAUUGUCUCUUAUCAGUUUACAGGCAUACAAUACCAAAAAAAAGUACAAAUCAAUUUAAACUAUAAAAUCAAACUUCAAUUAAAGUGCCUGAUGGAAUUAAAAAGAGAAGUCAUAAAUAGGCACUGAACUUCCAAAAGGAAGCCAGCCUGUAUAUCCUUUACCUGGAAGGGAGUUCUAUAAAAAUUUGCCAUUAGGCUGCAGUCCAAUAACCAGACUUUACUUCUUAACAGGAAUUCAGAGCAGAUGAAAGCUUUAUGGAAAUUAUCUAGUAUUUCAGAAAAAUCAGAUAAUGGAGGUAAGAAAGUGUUUUUUAAAAAAUUAAAGUUAACCAGUGUAUAAUUAUUUCUUGUUUAUCUUCUAUUUCAAAUUUAACAAGUAAGCAGUGGAAAACUGAUACAUACUUAAUGGUGUGUCUAGUAUAUAGAUAAUUUUAUACAUUUUCCACAUUUUUAUAUGUAUUAUAUAUUUAUAUCAGUGUAUUUACAUGUCUUGGGGGGCCUUUCAGGUGGAAAAAGAUUCCUACUAAUGUAUUUCUGGGACGCGGGUGGCGCUGUGGUCUAAACCACUGAGCCUCUUGGGGUUUCCGAUGAGAAGGUCAGCGAUUUGAAUCCCCGUGACAGGGUGAGCUCCCGUUGCUCGGUCCCAGCUCCUGCCAACCUAGCAGUUCAAAAGCAGGUCAAAGUGCAAGUAGAUAAAUAGGUGCCGCUCCAGUGGGAAGGUAAACGGCGUUUCUGUGCGCUGUUCUGGUUCGCCAGAAGCGGCUUAGUCAUGCUGGCCACAUGACCCAGAAAGCUGUCUGUGGACAAACGCCGGCUCCCUUAGCCUAUAGAGUGAGAUGAGCGGCGCAACCCCAGGGCCGUCCGCAACUGGACUUGAACAGUCAGGGGUCCAUUUACCUUUUAAUGUAUUUCUAGGUCUCUUUUGUUCGAAAGGCACUUUUAUGAUUUACCUUACCUUCAAAAAUAAAUUCAACUAUAUAUUUGCAGUUUUAAAGUUGGCAUUGGAUAUUAUAGGCUGUCACUUUGGUCAUCAAAAUAGCAAUGAGAAAUAGUGGUUUUGCCUAUUUAUCCUAAACUCAAUGAAAGGAAACCAUGGAUAAGUUUAAAUGAGUGAGUGUGCAAGCGCAGGUUGUGAAAAUGUGGUCACUUCCUCCUCUAGUCCUUCUACCACACUACCUGGGCCUAGGUCAGCUGAUCAGUGCAGUCAGUGAGCCCCAAGUACCAAUUGGAAGCUUAAAUUCCCAGUUGCUCCUUUGCACCUGUGUCUUAACCACCCCACAUUUGACAUCACAUUACAUCAGGUGUAGAGCAAGUGGAUGUGGUUUGAGGGAAAUGCUAUUGCAAGCCACGUUAGAAGUCCUACUGGGCCUAAAUAGGGCCAUGGACUGAAGGUUCCCCAGUGCAGAUGUUGACUUUUUAUGUGCUGAAAUGUACAUGCCUGUAUUAUUGACUUAUCAAGGUAUCCUCCAAAUUAUUUCCCAUCCAGCUAGAUGUUGCAUUACAAACCAAGUCCUUAAUUAUUAUUCACUUUGUGUGUGUUUUCCCCCUGAAUAGGCUCUGGCUCCCUCAGAGCCAAAUUUGACCUUUCAGAAGGACCCAGCAAGCCAGCAACACUUGCAGUGCAAUUUAUCAGUGAAGGAAGCACACUUUCAGGAGUAGACGUUGAACUAGUAGGCACUGGCUACCGGCUUUCCCUACUUAAGAAGAGAUUUGCCACUGGUAAGAAGCAUAAUCAUAAUAGGACAUACAUUUCUUACUUUUUUUAAUCAUCAGUGGGAUGUGGUUAAUGCAGUACCAGUUUGCCCUUGCAUGGAAGUCAAACAUACCUCCUGAAAGUACACUGUGACUCACUGUGGUUCUGCUACACUCAGAACCAUGAGUGCAAAGGGGAAACUUUUUUCUGUAACGUAGUAGACUCAGGAGAGUUUCCCCUGUCAGUCACAGUGCUUUGACACGAAUCUCCCCUUCACAUUUUACAACAUUUACAAUGGCAAAUACCAGUGUCUGUUCUACAGACAUAUCUGUUGAGAAAAGUGUGUGGAAAAAACCUAAGUUCUGUACUGACUUGACAUCUUGGAAUAUAAGCAACUGAGUGCUCUAACAUAUACAGUUCAAACAUUGAAAACAGUGCCGCCAUUUUGGGCUGGCUGUGUUAGCCCACCAAAAAUUAUGAUUGCCUGUCCCUGUCUCUCCCCUUGUUGGCUUGCUCCCUCUCUGCCUUUCCUGUAAUUAAGGCUGGCAAAACACUUGCUGCUUUGGUUGAAGUUCCAGGUUUAGGGAGAAGAGUGGAACUUGUGUCACCAGAGCACAGGAACCUAUUUGCUAUGGCCAGUGGAAAUGUGGAAGCAUACCGUAUUUCACUGCAUACUAGUCGCCACCGUGUAAUAGUCACGCACCCCCUUCUCAGACCCCAAAAUUGGUCCCAGAGCAUUCCCUGCGUAAUAGUUGCAGAGGUAAUUCUGAGGCAAGCUGGGAGUAGGCACAGGGGGCCCCUGAGGCAGUGAGGGCUGCAGUCCAGGCCCUCACUGGCUUGCCAGCUAGAGGAGACAAGGCAAGGCAGGGCAAAGCCAGGCCCGGGCUGCUACUGCUGCCACUGCCACUAGUGCCGCCACCUUGGACUUGCCAAGAAGGGGAAGCAGCGGGCAGGCAAACAUCUCCACUGCCCAUCCACCACCUUCCCCCGCCUCUGCACGAGCGAAUAGCCUUGAGAGACCCAGGAAGAAAGAACUCUUAACAUUGGCUGAAGCCGCCACCUCUCCCAACAGAACUUCGUGCUGGGAGAAGGCAAAAUCCAGCGGAAAGGGUGAAGUCUGUGCCUUUUGCUUUGUAUUGCAUCAGUGCCCUCUUAAGAAAACUGGAGUCCAUAGCAUGUUGUUGCUUCUGACCAUAAUUCACCUCGUAAUGGACGCACCCCCCUUUUUUUGGAAGGGAAAAAUUGGCACAGAAAAUGUGACCAUUACGCGGCAAAAUACGGUAAUUUAAAAAUAUAGCUUUAGUUCAAGAAUCAGUAAAUCAUUUAUUGUGUUUGACUAAAAGCCAUUACAAAUUCAAUUAUAGAUCCACAAGUCAAUUAAAACCUGUUAAAAGAAAUAGAGAUAUACAUCAAUUUACAAUAAGUUAAAUUACCAUAAUGAAUCGCCUGCACAGUCUACAGCAUUGUCUUUUAUAUAGCUAGCAUAUUUUAGCAGCUUUAGCAAAUAGGGCUGUUUUGUAUGUGACAAGUGGAUCUUAGUUGUUAUCUUUAAAUAGAAGAAAAUUGUAAGUAAUUAGUAUAACUGUUUUUCACUUUAUUGAAAAGGUAUUAACUACAGAAGCUUUUUUUGUCUUUCAGGUCGAUAUAUGGCAGAUUGCUGAUGAGACAGUGGGGGGGGAAAUGAGUUCUCUCAAUGAAUAGAAAUUCACUAUUUUACUACCUUUCCAACACUAUUUUAACAUGCAUUUAUUUUUUUAAAAAUGUGUUGCUUAGUUUUUGAGUCUUAUAUCCAACAAAAAUGCACUUUCCAAAAUAAGUCAUUUAAAACAAACUAUUUUAUUAGCACUGAAGUGAACUCCAACACUAUCUGUAGGUGGUCAGCUGAAAUACUGGGAAACAAGAUUACGCAAAUGCUUAAUACUUAUGUAGCCUCAAAGCCAAAAUAGCAGUCAUUUCUGGUAUUUAAAAGGUGUGGUGCUUUGUGAUACCAAAAGCAACCACAUUAUUUUAGCUUUCUAUAAAUAUUACUGAAGUAUACUUUUUUCAGUUUCAAUAUUGCCAUUUCAUUUUAAAAAGUGGCAAAGUAAUUUUUGUUUCAUUCUUGUAUAUUCAUGUGCCAUAUCUGGUUAGAGAUACGUAUACAAAAUAACUUGAUUUUCAUAUACCAUAUAUAAUUAAGUGUAUAUUAUUUUAUAAAAGAUGGUUUUAAAAAUGUAAAGUGCAAUGUUUUUUUUAAAAAUUGCAACAGACAACAGAUAUUUACUUCUGCCAUUAGUUAACUUUAUGGGAGUUGUAAUUUUUAAUUAAUGCUGUAGAUUAAUUUAUUUUUAUAUGGAAUGUGUAACAUUUGUGCCUUUUUAAAACUGUGCCUAUCAAAAUGUCUAUAUGCCUCUUAUUUCUUUUUUUCAAUGUCUAGAUCUUCCAUACAGAAAAGCUCAUGUUUUUUCUGUGUAAUAUGUACAACUACAUAAUUCCUUAAGCAGGGAUUUGGAAGGGAAACUUCAAAUAACUCUAAAACAGCCGCUAAAAUAUUACAUUGCUUCCUUGUGGGUUGAAUGCAAUAAAUGCAGCCACUGUAAAGGGAACUGCUUGACUUUUAUAUAUUCACAGAAAAACAACUUGAUAUCAAAAUUAAACUUCAGUAUCACCAAAGAUGUGUAAAAUCCUGAAGGUGUGUUAAAUAAGUUUAAAACAAUUUAUACAAGAAUAAUUAUAGCAUUCCCUUUUGCUAACUAUAAAGUUUUGAAGUUUCAAGUGCUUUCAAAGGUGACAUGAAUGUAAAUGUAGUAGCUUUAGAGAAGUAAUAUUUUUCAAUGUUUAUUUUGAGCAGAACAAAAAUUGUCAUUCAUGCUAAUUUCAACAAAAUUGAUAAACUUAAAAAUUGAUAAACUUAGCAUUUGAAUGUUUGGAUUCAUCACUUUUUAAACACAGUGGCACUAAACAUCAACAGAAGUGAUCUAGUGGGAUCAUUUUUAGCACAAAUUCAUACUUUUAAAGCUUGCUGUGUAUUGUGUUGUUAAGAACUUGUUAAAUUCUGAAAUAAAAAGUUAAGGGGGUGUGGAAUUCUGUGCACUUCUGAAUUGCAGUGUCUAGGGGGGAAAUAAUUAAAUAUAAAAAUGCUUAUAAAAUCAGUAUUGGAUUGACCAGUCAGCUUUAUAUAUAAAAUGUAGAUAUAUAAUGCUCUUAGCCACAAGUUUUGGAGAAUGGGAACACACUAUAAAGGCUGCCACUAGUGGCAAGUGCAUAUGUUAAUGCACGUGUUACAUAGAUUUCAAAUGAAUUUAUAUUCAAGCUGAGCCAAGUAUCCUGUCCUCCCCUCUCCCCCACUUUAAUCUCCUGCAAAAGGAGACAGAAUAUCAGAGAUUUUGGGGAGACGGGAACAAAAUUUAGGAACUUCUGGCUGGAGGAUGGGCUUGCGUUACAAAGUGGCUGAAGGUUUUUUUCAUUUUUAACAAACAGAAAAAUAAACUGUUUACUGCCAUUUCAAGUGGUGUUGCCCUGAGCAGUGUUCCUUUUGAAAUUAGAAACAGAAUGUCCUGUAAGAAUGACACACUGUCAUGACAUAGUGUUGUUCCCAGCAGCACUCUUGGAAGGAAAAGAGGUGUCUGUCACCAUUGGUCAAUGAUAUAGUAGAGUUUCCAUAGGGUGUUCUGUCUCUAAUUUCAAAGGGAAGACUGCCAAGCUGCUGAAGGCAACCCAGUUGCCUCUUGAACUGACAGCAAAGCUUCCCCCCUUUAAAAUUAAAAUAAAACUGCCACCUUCCCUUUAACGGUAAUCCCACACCACAUACCCAAGAUUCUUUGAUUUCACCCAUUCUCUGAAGACCAGAUUAAUCUUGGGUGGAAGUCGUCCCCCACUGCCCUGCCUCCAAAAUGCUGAAAAAACUCUGGGCUGAAUAUUUUGGCCUAGUCAUAUUUUAUACAUUCAUAACUAAGUGUAGGGUUGCAGUCAAAAGAUUUAUAGCGAAUUAGUUUGCUUUUUAAACAUUUUGAUUGUUUUUAUCAAAUCUUAACUGGGAUUUCAUUGCAGCAAUAUAUAUUGGAUUUUCAUAUUUAAAAAUGUUAGUCUUUACUGAAUUAUUACUAGAAUUUGUAAACUAAAAUUGGCAUAAAUUGGCAUUUCAAAAGGUACAGUCUUUUACCAGAAUCUUAAUUGUAAUCUGCUAAUGCAAUCAAAAUUGCUUGAACAGUUUAAUCCUUACUAUUGAAAUUCAGUUUAUUUUGUUUUUCAUUAUUAAUCAUGUAUUGUUUCUAAAUUCAUGCAAAAGCUAAGUUUCAGCACUUUUAAUCUAGCCUUAAUACCAAGUGUUCUCAAACAUACAUUCGCAAAGAGUGCAGGUUACAAAUUUGAAGCCAUACAAGUUUAUUAGCAUAUUUGUAAAGAACUCUAGAAAUUGUAUAAAACCACAAAUAUCUGAAAAACUGCAUGUAGCAAGCUGGAUCUUGCUUCUUUAUAAAAGUGAUCCGUUUUAUAGCUGCCUCUUGAGAGAAUUUGUAAACACAACUCUAAAGGGUUUUAGGUUUGUAUGAACUGUAAAUUAGAGCAAUAUAAAUCUCCUAGAAAAAUUGUAAAUACAUCUGAUCUUUCACAAAAUGUAAAAAAUAUUGCACCCCAUAAUAAACAUAUAAUAUAUAACUUAUAAAUUGACUCUGCUGUUUAUAUCCUAUCUCAGGUCAAGGACAGUCUUCUCACAUAAAAUGUGUUGGUUUUUCAAACAAAGGAAAUACUUUUAACAUGUUUGUAUUUUAUUAAAGCAUGUGGUAC